GUAAUUUGCCUAGAUCCCUCCCUCUUGUCUGUAAUAGGCUGCUAUGAAUAGUAUGCUGCCUGUGUCACUGAAGGGCAAAGUAUUUUGAAAUAGAAACAAAACUUGUUAGCACCAGCACUUUAUGCACGAAGUAAGGCUAUAUUAAACCAUGCCCUGCAAGAGAACCCCACUUUCUGCAUCUUCUACAUGACCUUACAAACAUCCCCUGCUUUCCUACAUCCUGGGACCUGGUCAACAAUACUCCAUCAAAAUGCACCCAGAGGGGAACACAGAGGAUACAAUCCUACAGCAACACAGCAUACGGGCUGAACAUCUCCAGGCAGCCCCAAAACAAACAGGUACAGAGGAAAACAGCAGCCUUUGUUUUUUUCACUUUCAUGCAGUAGGCUAUGUUUGUGGGAGAAAUGAAAGCUGACAUUGUUUUCGACUAAUACUCUAUUAAUGCCAGUUUAAAGAACACGUAGAACGGGUUAUCCGGUCUACGUGGAAUAGAAUAUAUACCUGGCUGGUUGUGUGUGUGAUGUACAGGGGGAGACAGUUGUGCACACUCAGUAACUGUAGACUUCUGUCUGAACAUGCAAAGCUGCCAUACCUGUAGUUCACUCACAGUGUGUGAUAUAUAUGUGUGUGCGUUCACUGCACACAAUGUACUGGGCAACAGGUUGAGAUCCAUCUGCAGUAUAAACAAGCUACCACUGCAAAUUCACAAUACAAUAAUGUGCUCACAGUGGUUUGCCGCUGUGGAUUGUCAGUACAGAACGUUUAUUGCAGUUUCUACUUUAUUCAUUUGGAGGUUUCUUUCAAUUUUGGUUAUUUUUAUAGCUAAUUAGAAAGAUUUAAACAUUAUUUAAAGUGCUAGAUUCUGACUUCAUUUAAAUGAGAUGAAUUGAGUUUUUACAGCUGACAUUGCAUUAAAUGUAAAGAAUAAAAACAUACCUCAAAACUUUAAAAUGGACAAAGAGAGAAACUUUAAAUUUAGGGGUGUGAGCGGGUGUGUAACGGGGACAUUGCUGUUCUGAUAAAUUUUAGGUGACUUAUUAAUAACAGUUUAUAUAACUAAAAUGUAAUUUAUAACAGUAACCAUGUAUGUAAUUUACACAGAUUGAUAUAUUACUGUAUUAUUGUUGUUGAGCUUUGUUAUACACUCAUAUACACCAACAAUAUGGAGCUCCUAGAAAAGAUGGAUAUUGGGAUUGAAAAAAAGGGACAGAAAUAGGGACUGUCCCUUCUAAAUAGUGACACUUGGGAGGUAUGUAGAAAAUGCAGAAUACAGUGGGUCAACAGGCAUCUGAUACCCAUAAAUUGAAAAGUUGACAGUUUAAACAUAAAAAUGAUGGAGUUUGGGAUGGCCAACAAAACCAUGGGCCCUUUUCAUCAAGUAUUGCAUUACGUAGUAAUAUUGUGAUUAUUAUAUUAUUUAUAUAGCACCAUCAGAUUCCGCAGCGCUGUACAAUGGGUUGACUAACAGACAUGUAAUUGUAAACCGACAACUGGACGUACAGAAACAGAGAGGUGGAGGGCCCUGCUCAAUGAGCUUACAUUCUAGAGGGAGUGGGGUAUAGUGACACAAAGGGUAAAAGUAGGGGUAUGAAGUAGGUUGUUAGAAAAGUAUUCACGGAGGGCUUAGUAGGUAAUGUUUGACAGUUGCAGGAGAGGAGUCAUGGAGGGUGGGGGAUAAAAACCUGCUAACAGUUUAAUUGAUAUGCUUUCUUGAAGAAGUGAGUUUUCAAUAAUUUUUUGAAUGAGUGGAGACUGGCUGAAAGUCUUACGGAGAAGGGAAGGGAGUUCCAAAGGAGGUGCAGCCCUGGAAAAGUCUUGGAGGCGAGCGUUAGAGGUGGGAGUACGGACAGAGGAUAAACCCAGACUACCAUAUUAAUACGGGAUUCCAUUCCAAUAUUAAACAAACUGAGCUGCAUUUUAAUGCAAUGAUGCCAUGAAAAAUGUCUUACAGUAAAGUUUUCUGAGAUCCAAUCAGUAUAAUGUGCCUUGUCCAAACAAUAUGAACCCAUUAACAUGUCAUGGAGACUCAAAGGGUGAAGAAAUGAUUCCGUAGCACUGCCUUUUGGGCUGCCAUUCUCAUUACUUCCCAGGUUUCCAUUGAGUAAUGGGCAUGAGCUCCUGUGAAUAUUUAUUCAAUCAUCAAACUUUGCCCUUUUUCUUAGAAUUUGCAAUGGAUCUAACAAUUUGAGGUCUGUUUACCAAACAAUAUAAUGUGGUGAUAUUGCAAAUCAAUUUGAAAAUGUUGGCCUAUAUAUCAGCCACAACUUUAAAUGCACCUGCUAAUUUCAUGUAGGUUACCUUGUGCUGCCAAAACAGCUUUGAUGUAUCUCAACAAUACCACUAAACGUGUUCUGUUGUAUCUGGCACAUUAGCAGCAGAUCUUUUAAAGGGACACUCCAGAUCCCUAAAUAACUUUAGCUUGCUGAAAAGCUUUAUAUGUGAAGAGUGUGUCCUCUUUUUUUCAUUUUGCAAAAAGUGCAGAUUUCAAUAGAAAUUCUUUUUUUAUAAAUUAACCUGGUUAUACCCACUUAGCUUCCAAUCAGACAACAGAUCAUGUUACUUUUUGGUUUCGGUAGCUCAUUUGAGCUGAACUGAAGAGGCCACUGCCAUCAGGGAACCCCAUUGCCAUAAAGUAGUGUAUGUGGUCUGCACCAUUCUCUAGGUAGGCCGUAUGUGUCAAUGUAACAUCCACAUGAAUGCCAGGACCCAAUGUUUCCCAGCAGAACAUUGCCCAGAGCAUAACACUGCCUCCAAAAGCAUACCUCAUUCCCAUUGUGCAUCCUGCGGCCAUCGCUUCCCCAGGUAAACGCAAUAAACAAACCCGGCAUCUACCUGAUCUACAAGAAAACACAAUUUAUCAGACCAGGCUCCUUGUUCUAUUCCUCCAUGGUCCAGUUCUGACUCUCACGUCCACAUUGGAAGCACUUUCUGUGGUAGAUCAAGUUCAUCAUGGGCACUCUGAGCGUUCUGCAGUAUGCAGCCUCAUACGCAGCAAACUGUGAUACACUGUGUGUUCUGAUACCCCCUAUUGUGGCCAGAUGGCUAACCUUAACUCUCCACGUGCAUCAGUGAGCCUUGGGUGCCCAUGACCCUGAUGCUGGUUCACUGGUUGUCUUUCCUUGCACCACUUUUGAGAGGUACUAACCACUGCAUACCAGGAACACCCAACAAGACUUGACGUUUUGAAGAUGCAGUGACCCAGUCACCUAGCCAUUACUAUCUGGCCCUUGUCAAAGUCACUCAGAUCCUUUCGCUUGCCCAGUUUUCCUGCUUUCAAAACUUGAACAUGUAACAAUAUAAUCAAUGUUAGUUACUUCACCUGUCAGUGGUUAUUAUGUUGUGGCUGAUCAGCGUAUAACAGAGUUUUCAUCAAAACUCUCUUUAGCAGAUGAGUAUCAUCUUAAAGGCAACAUAUAGAUUAAAGAAUAAAAACAUUUCAUUUGGGAAUAUAGGUUCCUUUCUGUUUCUAAAUGUUACUCGUCCGAGGACAGUGUGGCUGAAAAGAGGGGAAGUCAUCAUGGGAGAGGAAAAAAACGUGAAGACUGGGGAAAGUUUAAAGGGGGCAUGUCGGUGAUGCAACUUCUGUCAUUAGUGAUACCCAAAUUGGCAAGUCUAAAGCAAAAAGAGGUAUAUCAGCGUGACCCUUAAUGAAUCUCCAACCCUUUUAAAAAAUCAGUGAAUAAUGCCCUAUUUUCAUUAUUCCUCUGGGCCUCCUUGAUCCCCAAAUGCUUGAUAAUCGUUCUAAAUGAAGGUUUUACUUACCUUAAUCCAUCUGCGGGCAAAGCUCCCAGUGCUACUUGGAACACCCCUUCUGAUGUAACGGGAGUUGCGCUGUAGUCCAACUUAAGGCUUCUCAUAGAGAUUUUGAUUGGUCCAUUUAACCGGCUCCGAGCGCAGGUGUGCACUCUGAACCAGUAAUGAGAGAGGGAGGGAAAGGAGGAGUGCUCACUGAGAGAGCACUUAGUUUCAGUCCGGCCGGGUACAGGAAACAGAAGCUCCUGUACUGGGGUCCGCGCUGGCCUGCUACGCUACAAAGGGAGGUAGGUGGCACAACAGGGAGAGGGGUUAGCACCAAGGGGAGGGGGAGAGAGAGGAACACUAAAAGGGAGGGAGAUACCACUAAAGGGGGGGCAGAGAGACCACUAAGGGGUGGGGGGAAUAGUGACCACUAAAGGGGGGGAGAGGAGUGACCACUAAAGGGGAGGGGGAGAGGAGUGACCAUUAAAGGGGGGAGAAGUGACCACUAAAUGAGGGGAGAGAAGAGACCACUAAGGGACAGGGGGCAAGGGAGAGCUCUAAGGACGGAGGGGACAGCUCUGAAGGAGGGGAGAAGAGACAGCACUAAGGGACAGUGGGGCAGGGGAGCUCACAGGGUGACAGUGGAGAGAACUAAGGACAGGAGGGGAAGGGAGAGCUCUAAGGGUGUCUGUGUAUCUGUGAGUGUCUGUGUAUCUGAGUGUCAGUGUGUAUAAUUGCCGUGUUGACACUUUAUGGAAUAAAAGUUGGUUUGUAUUGGGGUUUGGGCACUCAAGCUCAAAAAUGUUCGCCAUCACUGCUCUAUACUGUAUAAGGAGGAGUAAAAUUCAAGUGGUGGAGGAGACUGGCAUGCCAUCAUCUUAACACUUCACCAGCCGCCACUGGUCCCAUCUAUAAAUUGGAUUUAUUAGAAACAAUAUAUUAAAGUGAUGCAGUCAUAGGUAAUAUAUCAGUGAAACAAGCUAGUCUUUAUUGUGAGGGCUCUCUCCUAGAUUGCUGCUGUAACUAUUCUAGGUUUUUUACUUUUUCAUACAAUUAGCAGACAGAUAAAAGCUAUAGACUAUAGUGAUGUAUGUUUUUGCUAACAAUAUAUCCAAUGCCGUGUUCAGAGAGAAUUAUUUGUUCAGUAAUAUUAUACCAGGCAGUUUUCAGGCACACGAUAAUAAUUGUGUCAUUUAGUCAAAUGUUUUCCACCUUGGCUUUAUGGCUUCUGGCCCUUUAAACAACCACUUGUGUAACUUUAUUUGUAAGGAUUACCUUGAAAAAACAAAGCCAAAUUGUCAAGGACUUCUAUUAUCAAAUAGCACAACCUCAGAUAGGUUGAAGUGUUUAACAGUAUUUUCCUUGUUUGCAAACUCACUUAUCUAAGACUUGAUUCAAUUAAUGAAAGGUGUAAAAUACCCAAUACACUUUUUAUGUAAUAGGAAGUAUUACAUUAUUGAACCAGUAGCAUAUUUACCAAUGAAAUAAAUUGUUGUGCAGUUUGGAUUAAAUAAUCUAAUUAAUAUUAAUUUCCAAACAAGAAUCUUGAGUAUUUUAGAACCCAUCCGUAACAAUUAAAAUGAACGGCGUGUAUUUGUUAUUUUAUUUUUUUACAUUUAUUUAAUAAGUGGACAUUUAUUGUGCAUUGAAUAGGACUAGUGGGUUUUCAACUCAGAGGAGUGGGCACGGUUAGCAUACUGAAUGUGGUUACUGGAGCUGCAGUAAGGAAAUAGUACACAGGUCUAUAUAAAUGAUAGGCAUAGUAGACGAACAAAGCGGUGUGUGAUUCGCAGUUUAGGUAUAGUGGGCAGUGGCAGAAUAAUAAUGGUAAACCCGAAGCUUAAGCAUUAUACUUUUCCUUCUCUAUACCAAAUUAUACGAGGUCAUAUGGCUACUCGCAUAAUACGAGGCACUAAUAGAAACACAUUGAGCCCUAGUCAGCCACAAAGGGCUGUGCUCAGAGGAGCGCAUGUAACUCCUCUGCCUGAGAACCCCACACUCCUCACUCCAAUAUACGAUCUCAAAGCCCGUUUAGUGUGCCGCCUAAACUUGGAGGAUCUCCAUCACCCGUCCUCCCCCUCCUCCCCGUCACCCCAUAGGUUAGGGGUACCACAGAUAGGUCAAGAGCUACAGAAUGGCGUUAGAUCACUGUUAACACUAUAUCAUACUGACCUGAGGAUAACCCACACAUAGUCAGUACAUUCAAAAAUGUAACAGAUUACUUCCAUCAGAUGUGCCCUAGACAUAAAUCGGCACAAGACAUUUACUACAUACAUUUGCCACCAGGAAAAACGAAUAACGCAAUGGCUGAGACUUCGGCAAUACAAGUAUUUGAGUAUCACGAUCCCUUCAACCUAACCCAGAGAACACACGUCUAUUGGAAUAACUAGUUAGUUUUCACCACAUUGUGCAGUCGCCUAAAUGCAAAUACCUAUAUUGAGAUAUGUUGAACCUUUGAUUUUACUGUCACGUUAUUGUAAACAUGAAACUGUUAUUAUGCAUGGCGAAAAUAAAGAAUUAAAAAAAAAAACAAUAUUAAUGGUUUUGUAGGAAUAAUGAGAAGUGCAAAAUAGGGGGUUAGAACAUGGAUUUGAAGGCAAAGAGUUGCAGUUAGUGGUAGAUGAAAUUGGAAAUCAAGUAGAAGUGUAAUUGACCAGUGUACAGGUCAUAUCAACCAAUAUUCUUUUUAUGCCUAUUCGGCACACGAAAGGGUUAAUCGCAUAUGACACAUCACAUAUUACAUUGUUUAUACCAUUUACGACAUUUUUCAUUAAAUAUGUCAUAUUUAAUUCCAUAUACAAAUUCAACACAUUUACCAGAGUUUACACCGUUAAUCUCUAUACCAUUUGCUACAUUUAAAUCCCCAUUUGUUAUAUUUAAUGAAUUAUACCACAUUUAGCCUAUUUGGCACAUUUUAUCAUCUAUGCCACAUUUAUACAGACACUAUAGGGACCAAGACAACUUUAGCUUAAUAGCUGAGGCUAGUAAUUGAGCAGUGAGACUGCAUUGACAUGAUCUAUACUCCAACACUGCUUCCUUAACCCCUUAAGGAUGGAGGCAAUUGUACAGUUCUGACCAAAGCAAAAACAAAACCUGGAAUUUGCGCUAUAUCUGUGAUCAACCAUAAUUCACCUCUUUCAUAUUAAGUGCGCCCACACUUAUUAUAUAUCAUUGUGUUCAGAAGAAACAGGGCUUUCAUUUCAUAUGAAAUAAUUAUAUAUGAAACCUAAUUUAAUAUGAAUUCAAUCUAAAAACGUGUAAUCAAGAAAUGUUAUUUUCCAAUUUCUACAUGGCACUCUAACUGUUAAUGUCUUAAUAAAUGUGUAAAGUGGUAAGAGCCCAGCAGGGCUGGUGCAAGGAUUUUUGGCUACACAGGCGAAUAUGCAUUUUGCCGAACCCCUGUUCUCCCCCGAAAAUGUAUAUAUUUACCUGUUUGUCCCUUAAUCCCCCUCUUGAACCCCAGCCCUUUUGUGGUUCUCUUUCUUAUUAUUUGUAUAAUACUCUAAUAUAUACUCUAUUUAUGGUAUAUUUUAUGGUCUACUUGCCAUUUUUUGUCUUAUCUAGAAUUAUAGAUAGCUGCAUGAGUUUUCGCCGUUGUAAUACUAUGUAAAUGUUGUACUGUGUAACUUAAAAUGUUAUCACUUUGAAUGAUUUUACUUAAUUGCUAUAUUCUGUAUAAAAUAGUUACUGCCUGCAUAUUCCAUUGGUCUCAGUGGAUAUAAAAGUAGACCUCAGGAGAUCGUGGUAUGUGCUUGAAAAAACCUGAGAGGGUAAAAACAGGAGGUUGAAACAGGUACGUGCUGGCGUCAGAGUAGGGGUAGGGUUGGUAUCGUGUUAGGACUAACUGCCAACAAUUUUUUUAAACUCUAGACAUGUGAGACAUAUGGUAUGUGAAUCAAUUUUAAAUUCCUUUUAAUUAGUUGCACUUGAUGUUUAAAAAAAUAUUUUUUAACAAACCCAUAGCACAAAUUCUAGGUUUUGUUUUGGUUCAAGUUGGAAUGGCCUCCAUUCUUAAUGGGUUAAUUGUACAUCUGCAGCCUUUAACAUAUUGAUAAAGAUAGAUUGGAAUGUACCCCAUAAUAGACAAUAAUUCCACAACUUACCUUUCGGUAAAGAGUACCUGGAUAGAAAAGUAUGAAUUACCUUUCACUUGAACAGGUUUUGUGGCUAAUACAAGUAAACAAAAAUGAUCUCUUGUUGGAACUAUAGCUACCAAAGUCUAAGGAAAUCACAAACAAUACAAACAAGUAAUAAGUAAUAAAGUGUUUAUUAUAGACUGCAAUUAAGUAUUGCACAAUAAUCUUUUUUGGACUUUACUUAGAAAAAUAACAGACAACCAACCAAAAUAGAAAGAACACUCGAAGCUGUUUUAUCAAUAAACAACACAAAAUGCAACACUAAUCCAUAAAGAUGAAACAAUUGCAGUAUUUUGAGUUGCUUGUUUUUUAGGAUGGUUCAGCAUUUUUAUUUUGUUAUGUAAAAAUCUUUAAUGUAAUAGCACAGCUAAGUAUGUCAGACCCUGAUAGACAUAUUUAUUCAUCCAUAUUUUAUAUAAAUAAAAUAAAGAAAUGAGGAAUCAGAGGUCAGGUCCAUGCAAGUAAAUAAGUUAUGUUUAAGCACCAGAGAUAUACAGAGUUAUUCACCAAAGUCCAAAUGGCUAGAUACUGAAUGGAUGGGGGGGAGGGGCCUGACUGUCAUGCCAGAAGGACACACUUUGUGGGAGCUUCGGCACUUGACCUCCAACAUUAAGUGAAGCUCUAGUAAGUGCGGAUGGCACCUCUCAUGCUCGGGCCCAUGUGAUGCAAGAGAACUAUCUUAAGGUUGGUGGUGAGUGACUCUUUGAGGCGCCGCAAGACAAUCAACCCGUACCUCAAACCACGCUGGAUCUAAUUUCCCCUAGCAAGAAUCAGGUAGACCUAACCGUCCUACCUGAACACUACAUUGUGCUUCACUGUUCUCUCUCAUGUGGGCUUCUGGGCCAGAUAUCUGGACUCUUGUGGCAGGACUCUGUCUCCAGCAGGGCAUUGGUUGACCCCUAAGCUGAGCUGAGAUACUUUCUACACCUGUCAACAUGUCCCAACUGUAUAUCAAAUGUUAUUAUUUAUGCUUAUUUUUCUUUUAUUAUCUGUGGGACUCACAGUUCACUGGCAAGGGGGAACUCCAAGGGCUUUUCUCAUUCUCAGUUAAUCUUAGUGCAUAUAAUCAUCCUUUGUUUUAAUCUCUUAAUGUAUCUCACAUGCAUGCACUGUGCUUUUCACUGUUAUUUUAUUUUGUAAAAAAAUGAAGCUGUUUUUCCUCUGAUUUUAUUUUACCCGAUAGCAGUGCUUAUUUGUGUGCCAUAACGCCUAAUUCUUUGUGCAUGCUCUUGUGCAUGCUCUUGUGCAUGCUUUGCAUUGCUCCAGUCAGUAAAGGAAGUGUUUACAUUGCAACCUAGUUACACCUCUUGUGGCAGUCAGAAAUUGUCUGUAAUAAUUACACUUGCAGGGUUAAGGGUGGUGGGAGUUGGCACCCAGACCACUACAAUGAGAAGAAGUGGUCUGAGUGCCUGGAGUGUCCCUUUAAGUCAUAAUCUAUCAGCAGUAGUUAUAAUCCGCUCAGUAGCUGCUUAAUAAGUAACAUUAAAAUAGCCAAUCAUUACUUACUAGACAAACUUGCUAGUAACAAGUUAUCAAAAAUUACAUAACCACCUUUCAAAUGUAACCCUAGCAUUUGUCCUUUAUGGAGAUGUUUCUGUGAUUCUUUGUAAAACGUAUGCUAAAAAUAUAAGUAAAAUAACUUUUCUUAAUGGAACUCUCCAAACACCUAUAGUACUUUAAGCUGCUUAAAUUGACACUAUAGGCACCAGAACAAAAGCUUAACGUAGUGGUUCUGGUGUCUAUGUGUCUGGUCUAUGUCCCUGCAUAGAAAAGGCAGUGUUUACAUUACUGCCUAGUAACACAUCUACAGGUGAUAUUCAAAAAACUAGAAUAUCGUGCAAAAGUUCAUUUAUUUCAGUAAUGCAACGUAAAAGGGGUAACUAAUAUAUGAGAUAGACGCAUUACAUGCAAAGCAAGAUCGUUCAAGCCGUGAUUUAUCAUAAGUACGAUGAUUAUGGCUUACAGCUCAUGAAAACCCCAAAUCCACAAUCUCAGUAAAUUAGAAUAUUACAUGCAAUCAAUAAAACAAGGAGUGUACAUAGAACAAUAUCGGACCUCUGAAAAGUAUAAGCAUGCAUAUGGACUCAGUACUUGGUUUGGGCCCCUUUUGCAGCAAUUACUGCCUCAAUGCGGCGUGGAAUGGAAGCUAUUAGCCUGUGGCACUGCUGAGGUGUUAUAGACCAGGAUGCUUCAAUAGCGGCCUUCAGCAUUUCUGCAUUGUUCGGUCUUAUGUCUCUCAUGUUUCUCUUGGCAAUGCCCCAUAGCUCUAUGAGGUUCAGGUCAGGCGAGUUUGCUGGCCAAUCAAGCACAGUAAUCCCACGGUCAUUGAACCAGGCUUUUGGUGCUUUUGGCAGUGUGGGCAGGUGCCAAGUCCUGCUGGAAAAUGAAGUCAGUAUCCCCAUAAAGCUCGUCUGCGGAAGGAAGCAUAAAGUGCUCCAAAAUCUCCUGGUAGACGGCUGCGUUGACCCUGGACUUAAUGAAGCACAGUGGACCAACACCAGCAGGUGACAUGGCUCCCCAAAUCAACACAGACUGUGGAAACUUCACACUAGACUUCAAGCAUCUUGCAGUGUGUGCCUCUCCAUUCUUCCUCCAGACUCUGGGUCCUUGGUUUCCAAAUGAGAUGCAAAAUUUGCUCUCAUCAGAAAAGAGGACUUUGGACCACUGAGCAAUAGACCAGGUCUGUUUUUCUUUAGCCCAGGUAAGACACUUCUGACGUUGUUUGUUGUUCAUGACGGCUUGACAAGAGGAAUAUGACAUCUGAAGCCCAUGUCCAGGAUCCGUCUGUGCGUGGUGGCUCUCAGUCCUGUCCUUGUGAAAGUCCCCAACACAUUUGAAUGUCCUUUUCCUGACAAUCCUCUCCAGGCUGCGGUCAUCCCUGCUGCUUAUGCACCUUUUUCUUCCACAUAACUUUCUAUUAAUGUGCUUUGAUACAGCACUUUUGGAACAUCCAACUUCCGCAAUUACCUUUUGAGGCUUUCCCUCCUUAUGGAGGGUGUCAAUGAUGGUUUUAUGCACAACUGUCAGGUCAGCAGUCUUCCCCAUGAUUGUUAUUCCUACUGAACCAGACUGAGAGACCAUUUAAAGGCUCAGAAACCAUUUGCAGGUGUUAAGGCUUACUUAGCUGAUUAUAGUGGAACACUGUGAGCCUAGAAUAUUGCACUUUUUCACAAUAUUCAAAUUUACUGAGAUUGUGGAUUUUGGGUUUUCAUGAGCUGUAAGCCAUAAUCAUCGUACUUAUGACAAAUCACGGCUUGAACUAUCUUGCUUUGCACGUAAUGCGUCUAUCUCAUAUAUUAGUUUCCCCUUUUACGUUGCAUUACUGAAAUAAAUGAACUUUUGCACGAUAUUCUAAUUUUUUGAGUAUCACCUGUAGUGGCUGUGAUUUUACCACUGUAGUGUCAGGAAUAUAUGAUUUUGUUCCUGACACUAUAGUGUUACUUUAAAGGGACACUAUAUUCACAAGAACACCCACAACUUAUUGUAGUUGUUCUGCUGAGUAUAGUCAGUCCCUGCAGGCUUUUCAUGCAAACACUUCCUUUUCAGAGAAAAGGCAAUGUUUAUAUUGCAGCCUAGGGAAACCUCCAGUGGCCACUCCUCAGAUGGCCACACUUCAGCACUGAUGUUCAGCAGACACUGAACUUUCCCCAUAGAGAUACAUUGAUUCAAUGCAGCUCUAUGAAAAGAAGUUGAUUUGCCAUGGCGGCGUUUGGCUCGCCCUCCCCUUCCCCUCAGACCUCCUCCUUGGCUGAAAUCAUCAGAAUUGACAAUCUUAGCCAAUCCAAUGCUUUUAUAUGGGAAAUCAUUGUGAUUGGCUAAAAUCAUCGAUUUUGAUGAGGUCAGACAAGGAGGCGGAUCGCUAGAAAAAAAGGUGGGUAUUUACUACCAUUAAAGAGGAUAAUGGAAGCCAGGGGGGCUAAAUAGUUUAUCACUAUAGAGUCAGAAAUACAUGUAUGUGUUCCUGACCCUAUAGUGUUCCUUUAAGUACUUUAUGUGUAAAAAGUGUGUCCUUUUUUACAUGUUAAAAAAUGUGCAGAUUUUAGUAGAAAUUGGUACUUUUAUAAAUUAAAUUGUUUUACCUUCCUGGCUGUCAAUCAACAGAUCAUGUUCCUUCAUGGGUUGUUUAUCUCACUGGUGCAAAACUCAAGUGGCAUACAAUUGUGCAGAGCAUCUGUUUUGCAAAUACUUUUUUACUGAGUUGCAUUGGAAGACUGUGAUUGAACAGCCACAGAAAAUUCGGACUGCAGUAGAAGAAGAGGGCUUGCAACGACUUCAGACAAGAGAUCUUCUCAGCUUGUUUAAGAUAUACCCCCAAAGAGAAAAUGCACUCAUGUUGUCAUUGGGGGUUUAUCUGCAGAUUAAAAAAAAAUAUAUAUUUUAUUAUUUUGUAUUUGGGCAGAGUGUCCUUUUAAUAUAUUUGCAUGUGCCAUAGGACCCUAAUAAUUCUCUAGGCACUGGUCAGCUGCAGUGUGGAGACCAAAAAAUCAAAGAGUUCAAUUUAUUUCAUUUAAAGGUGGGGACCCAGUAAUCUAAACAUAUGCAGAAACACUUUAAACAUUAUAUAUUUAUUUAUUACAUCAGAGUAUAAUCACUAUAUGUCCUUCUUACCAGUCUAAGUACAACAUUAUCAGAUAUUAACCAUGCAAGUGCUAUUGUUUAACUUUUUAUGUGUUGGGUAUUUGUCUAUUCUACAAGGACAAUUUAUAUAUUUUGUCCACCAUAAUCCUCACUUUAUUGUAUCAGUCAUUCCCCACAUCCAAUUAGUCCAAAAUCUGUCAGCAGAAGAGAAAGAUACAGGACUGAAUUUGCAAGUAGACAGAGUAGGCAGCGGCCUAUAGGUGCCUGUCUCUUAGAGUCACCCACCCUGAAUACAAACAAUAAUUUUUUGACAAAUAUUCAUAUUUGUAUGAUUUUAUUAGUAAAAAAAAAAAGUAAACUUUUUCCAUAAAAUUUCCAUUUCAGUAUUAUCGUAUAAUGUACUUUGAACACUCUGCCUGGCAAUAGUAAGGAGAGUUGAAGGGACAUUGUUAGGACUAGGAUAGAUCAGGGCCAGAUUAACAUAGGAGUUUCUGCCUGCCAGUAAGAAGGUUAGUAGAGGAAUGGACCAGCAAAUGCUAGGGGACAGUCCUUAGAAACCAUAGAGCUAGCGCAUCAUUAGACACAUUUAUGCCAAGCUCAGGGGGCUGUCUGCACAGUAUGCCCUUGGUUGGUCUUCCUGCAUGACUGGCAGGCACCCUAACGUGUAUUCACGCCAUCUAAUUUUUUGUGCAGACACGCCCCCUGUUUGGGCAAGUUCACCCCUUUGGGCAGUUUUGGUUACGUGAUUUGUGUCAGUGGCCCACCCUUUUACCCACCCGCCCCAGUCAGUACAUCUUUCCCCUCCUUUGUUGUACAGGCGUAUCCAUUUUCUGCACCUGGGAUUUUGUACUCUUAGGGCUCUUGUACAGAGACCAGGUCUUCUUCCCACCUGGGGUACUGUGUGUGGUCCCCAGGCAGGUCUUGGUUCACCUAUCAGAAGGCAGAAGGCACUGUUGACAUAAUUAUACAGUCUUGCACUAUCUUUUGUUAUUUUAUAUUUUAGGUAUCCAGCUGUAUCCCACAUAUUUUGUACCAUAUCAUGUUUUCAGUUCAGCAUUGUAUUUGAAAUUUACUUUGAAUUCUCAUUCUAGUAAAUAAACUGUCAGACACACCAACAAUAGUUAGUUCUUAGGCAGCCACUGGAUCCCAGGUAAGUUUGUGUGUGUGUGUGAUAGAGAAUGUCUGUAUCAGUAUAUCUGUGUGUGUGUGUCUGUGUGUGUUUGUCUGUAUGCGUGUGUGUCUCUGUGUGUAUGUAUGUGUCUGUAUUUAUGUGUUUCUGUAUGUAUGUGUCUGUGUGUGUGUGUCUGGAUGUAUGUGUGUGUCUACAUGUCUGUGUGUAUGUAUGUAUGUGUGUGUGUGUGUGUGUCUGUAUGUAUGGGUCUCUGUGUAUGUGUGUGUGCUUUUAUGUAUGUAUGUGUGUGUAUGUGUGUCUGCGUGUGUAUCUGUUUGUCUGCAUGUGUAGGGUCGGGGGGACAUAUGGGGUGGGGGGGAAGAUGUAUGGGAACGGGGACGUACAGGGUGGGGGGUAGAGGUAUGGGGGGGACCCAGGGCAAUUUUUGCACCGGAGCCCCGUGGUUUCUGGUUAAGCCUCUAAUACUGACAUAAUCACACACACACACACUGGCACAUACACACCUUGACACACAUAUACAAACACUGACACACAUAUACACACUGGCACAUACACACUCAGAUACACCCACUCGGAUACACACACUCAUACAGAUACAAACACUGGCACAUACAUACACACUCAGAUACACACACUGACACACAGAUACACACACUGGCACAUACAUAAACACUCAGAUACACACUGAUACACACACAUAGACACACAGAUACACACACUGGCACAUACAAACACCGAUACUUACUGACACAGAUACACACACUGACACAUACAUACUCAGAUACACACUGACACACACUGGCACAUACACACUGACGCAUACACACACUGAUACACACACACAAUCUGACAUACAUAAACACAUGCAUGUUAAAAUGUUUGUAUUUGCAGCCACCCUCCUGUUAGCUUACCUUGGUGGCCAGAAUGGUGGCUUGCUUUGUGGUCUGGUCCUAACUGAGGCUAAUGGGGAGGAAGCAUGCAGCAGCAGCUCACUUCAGCCUCUCUUAUGCCUCCAUGCUGCUGUGCUGCUCCCUCCAGCCUCUUCAUCCCUGACUCCAUUCCUCCGGCAUGUCUCUCUCCAAUGAAGCUGGGAGAAAGUGCCAGGCUGUCACUUCCUCCCAGUCCUCUGAUACUGCAGGGGCCCGGUCACGCUCUUAAAGAGUCGUGCAACCCGACUGGGCCCCUGUACAUCGAUAACUACCUGAUGGGCAAAUCGCAGUGGAACCCCAAUUUUGUUCUCAUGGAAAUCCAGGGUUCCGCAGAACACAACGUAGGAAACACUGGCUUAGUGUGUAUGUUAAUUUGCUUGUGUGUGAUUAUAGAGUGUAUGUUUGUGGGUGUCGGUGUACAUCAGAAAAACAGUGUGUUGGUCAGUAAUUGUGCGUUUGUCAGUAUGUGUUUCAGAGUGUGUGUCAGAUUGACAGUGUGUGGGCCAGUGAUUGUGGGUAUGUGUGUCAGAAUAACAGUGUAUGUGUCAGUAUUGAAUGUUGCAGUGUAUAUGUAAAAAAAAAGGAUGUGUAAGUUAGUGAGGACAAAGUCUGAUUAAACAAAUUCAACAAUUUAGGAGUAUUAUGCAUACAAAUGUAUAUUAAUAUAUGUGUAUUAUAUUGAUAUUUACAUGUGUAUGUUAUAAGCAUCACUUCUCAGAUUGAAGUGAAUAAAAAUCUGAAUCACAUUACUUUAACUAUACAGCCAACACACACAUUACAUACAGCUAGCACACACCACACACGUUAUAUGUACAGCCAGCACAUACACACAUUUAAUACAUACAGCCAGCACACACACUUUACAUGCAGUCAACACACACACACACACAUUAUAUACAGCCAAUACAUGUUACACGCAGCUAGCACACACACUAUGGCAAAGGGCAAAACUACAUUCUUUUUGCAAAGUAAAUAAUUUUUUUAAUAGCAGAAUUGAAGCAAAAAUAACCAUGUUCUAACUCUAGCAAAGCUAGAGAAUAUUUCAAUAUCAACUAUUUUUCUAUUCAGAUUCAAUUUGUGACAAUGAGUUUAGCAAAUAGCCCUGUAAAUGUCUACAGCUGUAGGCAAGGACCCCAAAUCUUUGUAAUUGAUAAUAUUUUGUGUGAUGCACAUGUAAAUUGGGCUGCAGCUUUAGUCCCUUGGACAAGUAGAUUUAAAAAAAAAAAAUUCCACACCUAUGAUAUUUGUAAUGCAUUAUCUAAAUAAUACAUUCAAAAAUGAUGGGAGGUCACUAUAUACUUGUUGUGUCCCCUUAACUUUUAGUGACCUAUUGAGUUGUGUUCGACAUUUUAACUCUAUUGACUUAUAAAUUAUGGCAGCAAGCCAUAUCAUAAUAAAUAACAGCAGUAAAUGUAACCACCAGGAUCUUAAAAGGUGUGGCAGAGACAGUGUCCAGAAUUUAGAAGACUCUCCUGUUCAGUGAUAUCUCCAUAUUCUGCCAUUCAGAAUAUCCACAUAAGUGUCCACAUAAAUAGAAUACAGGACUUCUUGCCUCCAAACAACCAUGUUCUUCAAAAAGAGAAAUGAAUGUGUUGUACUAAUUGUACUAAUGUGUUGCAGUUUGUGUUUGUGUCAAGUUUUAAAUAUUAGUUUCUAACCCUGGAACAGGGAAUUCCAGCAACAGUCCAAAAAGCACGUAAAUAUUUAAGCUUUCAUGAUAGAACAUUGGGCAUUCCUAAAAAUUAACUGUUUAAUUACACAUUAGUCAGACAAAUAAAAACACUGGCAGGAUUAGAACCCCCCAGAAACUACUAACUUUUGCAGUGGCAACCUGGCAUUGCAUACUGUUGCAUAGUUUGUAAUCUAUAACAACAAGCUUUUUCAUUUAAUGUUAUCUCUAGCUCUACAUAGUUACAUAGCUGAAAAGAGAUUUGAGUCCAUCAAGUUCAGCCUUCCUCACAUUUGGUUUUUGCUGUUGAUCCAAAAGAAGGCAAAAAGGCCCAGUGGCUUGUGGGUUCCUUAUUCAAAAAUGCAUGACUUUGCAUUUAUCUAUAUUGAAUUUAUCCAAGUCCCUCUGUAAAUUAUGUUCAGACACUAUUUUAUUACCUAGUUUUGUGUCAUCUGCAAACACUGACAAAUGAUUUUCAAUGUCUACUUCAAAAUCAUUUAUAAAUUAUUUUUUAAAUUAUACUGUAUGGCUUCUUGAUCACAAUGUUUUGUAAAGUAACACAAUACAAAUAAAUAAUAAAUAAAAUAACUACCCAAAUUUUUUUUUAACAACAUUUAAAAUUAUAAAUCAAGCUUUUAACAAAAUUUAUCGCAAUAAAAUCUUCAACCUCUCGAUUACAAUAGAACUAAUAAUUGAUUACUAUUUUAUGUUGUGCUUUUUAGUCGGGUUUACCGGCUACCAGGAAUACCACCUAACAAUCCUCUGUUGCUUGGAAUUCCUCCUUUACCAGCCUCUGAGUGUGUUCCAAGACCAGCUCACCGAAUUGCCCAUUACCUUUCAACUGUCUUUAACCCCUUAAGGACAUACCCCAUAUUGAAUACCCUGGGUUGUCUACUUUAAAAAAAAAAUGUACAUGUGAGGUGUGAUGCAGAAAUUUAUGACAGAUAACAGUGUUACAAUGUUACUAUUGAUCACUCUUUAAAAAUAUGUAUUUUGAAACAGCAAUGUCCUACUUGUACUCAUAGCCCUAUAACUUGCAAAAACAAAAAAUAGCAUGUAAACACUGGGUAUUUUUUUAACUCAGGACACGUUUGAAUCUGUUUAGCAGUUUUUUCAUUAGCUUUUGUAGAUAAGUAAAAGCAUGUUGUUGUAUUUUCAACUUUUUACCAUAUAUAUAUAUAUAUAUUUUUUUUAAAGUAAAUUAUAUUACAUGAUACAAAUAAUGGUAUGUAAAGAAAGCCCUUCUUGUCCUGAAAAAAACAAUAUAUAACUUGUAUGGGAACAGUAAAUGAGAGAGAGGAAAAUUACAGCUAAACACUAGUGAUGUACCGAACGGUUCCUGGCGAACAUAGCAUGUUCGCGUUCGCCACGGCGGGCGAAUAUAUGCGCGGUUCGAUCCGCCCCCUAUUCGUCAUCAUUGAGUAAACUUUGACCCUGUACCUCACAGUCAGCAGACACAUUCCAGCCAAUUAGCAGCACACCCUCCCUAGCAGACCCUCCCACCUACUGGAAGGCAUCCAUUUUACAUUCAUUCUCAAGCUGCAUGCUUAGUGAGAGGAGGGAAAGUGUAGCUGCUGUUGAUUAGAUAGGGAAAUGCAUAGCUAGGUUAGGGUUAGGGUAUGCUUUUAAAAAAAAAAAAUUUCUAUGUAAUGUAAUUGCAGUUAGUUGUCUGCCACUGCUGCCAGCUUCUGUGUCAGGCUCACAGUGGAUACUGUGCCCAUUUCCCCAGUCAGUGCCACCACUUAUAUCUGGUGUCACAAUAGCUUGCAUUUAAAAACAAAAAACUUUUUUCACUGUUAUAGAUUGAAUAGCAGUCAGUGUCCUUAAAGCGGGUGUGUUACGCUAACAGUGGAUACGGUGCCCAGUGCCACCACUCACUGGUGUCACAAUAGCUUGCAUUUAAAAAAAACAAACUUUUUUCACUGUUAUAGAUUGAAUAGCAGUCAGUGUCCUUAAAGCGGGUGUGUUAAGCUAACAGUGGAUACGGUGCCUAGUGCCACCACUCACUGGUGUCACAAUAGCUUGCAUUUAAAAACAAAAAACUUUUUUCACUGUUAUAGAUUGAAUAGCAAUCAGUGUCCUUAAAGCGGGUGUGUUAAGCUAACAGUGGAUACGGUGCCCAGUGCCACCACUCAUAUCUGGUGUCACAACAGCUUGCAUUUAAAAACAAAAAACUUUUUUCACUGUUAUAGAUUGAAUAGCAGUCAGUGUCCUUAAAGCGGGUGUGUUACGCUAACAGUGGAUACGGUGCCCAGUGCCACCACUCACUGGUGUCACAAUAACUUGCAUUUAAAAACAAAAAACUUUUUUCACUGUUAUAGAUUGAAUAGCAGUCAGUUGUCUGCCACUGCUGCCAACUUCUGUGUCAGGCUCACAGUGCAUACUGUGCCCAUUGCCACCACUUAGAUCUGGUGACACAAAGCUUGGAUUUAAAAACAAAAAACUUUUUUCACUGUUAUAGAUUGAAUAGCAGUCAGUUGUCUGCCACUGCUGCCAGCUUCUGUGUCAGGCUCACAGUGGAUACUGUGCCCAUUUCCCCAGUCUGUGCCACCACUUAUAUCUGGUGUCACAAUAGCUUGCAUUUAAAACAAAAAAACUUUUUUCACUGUUAUAGAUUGAAUAGCAGUCAGUGUCCUUAAAGCGGGUGUGUUGCGCUAACAGUGGAUACGGUGACCAGUGCCACCACUCACUGGUGUCAUAAUAGCUUGCAUUUAAAAACAAAAAACUUUUUUCACUGUUAUAGAUUGAAUAGCAGUCAGUGUCCUUAAAGCGGGUGUGUUACGUUAACAGUGGAUAAGGUGCCCAGUGCCACCACUCACUGGUGUCACAAUAGCUUGCAUUUAAAAACAAAAAACUUUUUUCACUGUUAUAGAUUGAAUGGCAGUUAGUUGUCUCAAAGCGGGUGUGUCAGGCUCACAGUGGAUACUGUGCCCAGUGCCACCACUCACUCACUGGUGUCACAAUAGCUUGCAUUUAAAAACAAAAAACUUUUUCACUGUUAUAGAUUGAAUAGCAGUCAGUGUCCUUAAAGCGGGUGUGUCAGGCUCACAGUGGAUACGGUGGCCAGUGCCACCACUCACUCACUGGUGUCACAAUAGCUUGCAUUUAAAAACAAAAAACUUUUUUCACUGUUAUAGAUUGAAUAGCAGUUAGUUGUCUGCCAGCAGGUGUGUCAGGCUCACAGUGGAUACUGUGCCCAGUGCCACCACUCACUCACUGGUACCCGGAUGAAAUUUAUUUUCACAAAAGGCAAUCCCCAAUCUGUACUCGAUUGUGCAAAAGGGAAUAAUGGCAUGUCUGGCAUACAGUGUUGGGGCAAGGGUCCAUCUGACCACUGAUACCUGGUCUGUAAAGCAUGGUCAGGGCAGGUAUAUCACCUACACUGCGCAUUGGGUAAACCUGCUGACGGCUGCCAAGCAUGGAAUGCGUGGCUCUGCAGAGGAGUUGGUGACACCGCCACGACUUGCAGGCAGGCCUACUGCCACCUCCUCUACUCCUCCUACUCCAUCCUCUUCCAUAACCUCCUCGGCUUAGUCCUCUUCUGCUGCUGCGUCUUGCUCCACAUCAACGGAUAUGGGGCGUAACAGUGAUUAAACUGAUAACAAUAGUACUAAACACACCACUCCUAUCUGGUGGCACAUUAGAUUGCACGCGCAGUGCCCCAAAUUUGUUGUGAUCUGUGAGUAAGGUAAACGGUUGUCCAUACAAGUAAGGUUGCAGCUUUUUGAGGGCCCACACCACCGCCAUGCACUCCUUUUCAAUGGCAGUGUAUCUACUUCCCUGGGCAAAAGUUUACGGCUUAGAUAAGCCCCGGGUUGCUCGCCACCAUCUGCUCCGACUUGGCUCAGUACUGCUCCCAAUCCAAACAUAGAAGCGUCUGUAUGGACGAGAAAGUGUUUAGUUGGAUCAGGAGCAGAAAGUACAGGUGAUUUAAUGAGCGCCGUCUUGAGCUGUUGGAAGGCCUGUUCACACUCUGGGGCCCAUACUACUAUCUUGGGGAGGUUUUUACACGUUCCUAUAUGGCACUUACUGGGCUUUAGGGUCAGUCCGGCCUCCCUAAUCCGGUCUAGUACGGCUCCUAUGUGGGUCAGGUGUUAGGGCCAGGAGCAGCUAAAAAUGGCUAUAUCAUCCAAGUAGGCGCAGGCAUACUCCUGAAACCCAUCCAGUAGCCGAUCUACCAUCCUCUGAAAGUUAGCCGGGGCAUUCUUCAUCCCCAAUGGCAUGACCUUAAACUGAUACAGGCCAAACAAGGUGACAAAUGCCAACUUGUGGAUGGCGUCCUCGGCUAAUGGAAUUUGCCAGUACCCCUUGCACAGAUCUAUUGUGGUGAGGUACUGCCCUCUGGCCAUUUUGUCUAGGAGCUCGUCUAUCCGGGGCAUAGGAUAGGCGCCUGAGGUUGUUCACAUGGAGCAUGCGCUUGCCUCCCGUGCCUGUGACCGUACCGAUCACAAAGGUGGUAUCACAAACCUGCUCUACCACCUUGUAUGGGCCCUGCCAGGAAGUCUGCAGCUUGUCCCUGUGGACAGUGUCAAUCCAUAUCUGCCAAGUGACUCGAUGUAGGAGGAACAGUCCCUAUUCUGCUCUGUGUCAGUGUGUAUCAGGGAUCCUUAGGACAGGUGUCAAUCCAUAUCUGCCAAGUGACCCGAUGUAGGGGAACAGUCCCUAUUCUGCUCUGUGUCAGUGUGUAUCAGGGAUCCUUAGGACAGGUGUCAAUCCAUAUCUGCCAAGUGACACUAUGUAGGGGGACCAGUCUCUAUUCUGCUCUGUGUCCGUGUGCAUCAGGGGCUCUGAGGACAGGUGUCAAUCCAUAUGUCAAGGUGUCAAUAUGUCAUAUGUCAGGUGUCAAUCCAUAUUGAUUGUGAUUUAGGAAUGUUAGGUGAUUUCUGCCCUUUAUGGAUUAAAACCAGACUCUGUAUCAACUGUGUAAUUUUCCAUGGGAGUUUUGCCAUGGAUCCCCCUCCGGCAUGCCACAGUCAGGUGUUAGUCCCCUUGAAACAACUUUUCCAUCCCUAUUGUGGCCAGAAAGAGUCCCUGUGUGUUUUAAAAUUCGCCUGCCCAUUGAAGUCUAUGGCGGUUCACGCGGUUCGCCGGUUCGCGAACAUUUGCGGAAGUUCGCGUUCGCCAUUCGCUAACCAAAAAUUUCGUGUUCGCGACAUCACUACUAAACACAAACACCAAAAUUUUUUUAAAACAGCUCUGGUCCUUAACGUACAACAUGGCCAAAACAGUCCGGUCCUGAAGGGUUUAACAAGAGAGAACUCCACAGUGCAAUCUCACACCUUAGUUUUUCAGGAAUAACAGCUUAAAUGGACACUAUAAGCACCAGAACAACUGGAGCUUAGUGAAGCAGUUUUGGUGUAUAGAGCAGGCCCAUGCAGUCUCAUUGCUCAAUUCUCUGCCAUUUAGAAGUUCAGAAAGAGAUGCAUGUCUCUUUUCAGCCUAUGUAAAACAUUUUUGUUUCUGUUUAUGCAGCACUAGUCACACCCCCCUUAGCAGUGAUGCACACUUCAUUUCAUUUUCAAUCAGAUGUUGACAUUCUGUAGAAGUUUUUAUCUCCUGCUCUGUAAAUUAAACUUUAAUCAUAGGCAGGAAGCUCAUGCACAGACUAUAUUAGGCUAUUAACAGAGCAAGAUAUAAGAAAUUAGACAGACUAAGAAAACUUUAAAAAAUUAGAUCUCUCUUUACAGGAAGUGUUUAGGAAGGCUGUGCAUGUUUUUUACAGGGGGGUAUGGCUAGGGCUGCAUAAUCAAAGUGAUUAACUCUUAAAUGGCAGAGAAUUCAACAGUGAAACUGCAGGGGACAUGAUAUAUACACUAAAACUGCUAUAUUGAGCUAAAGUUGCUUUGUUGCCUCUUGUGUCUCUUUAACUUUACAGUGUAAAAGAAUGCUUUCUUAACCUUGGGUUUUAAUUCAGCAUAAAGUCAGAUUUGAAGUUAAAGUGCCAGAAUACAGGUUAAAAUAGCAAGAUGGAAACAAUUCCAUAUUUGGCUGAGCUGGAGACUUGUUUUAUAAUUUUUGUCCUUGCUGUUAAAUGAAUAAACCCCUGUGUGUGUCAUUAAUAACCCAUAAUAACAUUACUGAGUAAAGUGUAAAAGGUUAGCUGAAGAAUAAAUCGCAUUUCAAGGAAAAGCUGCAAAUUCAGUUGUUUUCAAGAUUAGUUUUUUCUAGUUAACAAGUGACAUGUAAGUAAUGUGAGUUUGGCUAAAUUUUAGAAUGAGUUACAAAAUUAUUGAACUCAAAUGUUACUCAAGUGUGGUAAAUUCCCGCAGUUGUUAUUUGAUAGAUUAACAUCCUGAGCUCUCUUCUAGCAUCUCGUUCUUAUAAGCUCUGUAGUAUUUUAAUUUACAUGGAAAUUAUGGAUUUAAAAAAUAUUUAUAUUUUUAUAACAAUGUUUAAAAAAAUGCAAAACAUUAUAACAAUUUAAAUCCCUUUUCUUUUUAAUCCAUGUCAGUACUUUCCCUCUCAAUACCAGUAACAUUUUCUGUAUCCUCUUCCAUGUCUAAUCAUGCUCAUAAUCAAAUGUAUCAUCUGAACUCGUUCGACCUUGAGCAGAGAUACUGGAAAUGAUGUCACUUGAGCCAAAGAACAGCAUUAGUCCUCUGCAUUCUGUUCUAAAUCACACAAAAGGUUAAAGGAUCACUAUAGGGUCAGGAACACAAACAUGUAUUCCUGACCCUAUAGUACUAAACCCACCAUUCAGGUGGCUUGUCCCCCCUUAGGCCCCCUAUACAUUUUAAAACUCACCUUAUUUCCAGCGCCACGCGGGUGUGCUGGCACUGGCUUUGCCCCCUUUGUGACAUCAUCAAAAUGGCAGAUUUUUAGGCAAUCCAAUACAAUUGGAUUGGCUAAAAUCGGCGCGGGGCCAAAUGCCAUUUUGGCCAAUCAGGACCUCCUCAUAGAGAUGCUUUGAAUCAAUGCAUCUCUAUGAGGAAAAUUCAGCGUCUCCAUGCAGAGCAUGGGGAUGCUGAACGGCAGGGCAUCUUUGAGCCAGGAAGCCCCUCCAACGGCCAUCUGAGGAGUGGCCACUUGGAGGGGUGCCUUGGGGCAAUGUAAACACUACAUUUUCUCUGAAAAGGCAGUGUUUACAUGAAAAUGCCUGAAGGGAGCUAUUAUACUCACCAGAACAACUACAUUAAGACUAUAGUGUCCCUUUAAUGUAAGUAAACAUGUUAUUCAUAAUAUCCCAAACACAAUUGCAAACAGUUAAAAAAUCUUUUAAACAUAAUUAAUAGUAUCUCUAUAAGGAGGUAGUUCACUCUUCAUAGAUAACUGCUGUAUUUUAACAGAUUUAGGGAUCCCCUGGGUUUAUUUCAGCUUUCACUAACUGCUCAUUAUAUGCAGCACAAGCGAAUUCAUAAGGAGCUCAGACUUCUUCCUAACUCCAGCCAUGCCGAGGACUUUGGUGAUUCUCCCACACUGGUGCAUAAUUGUCUGGAGAGGUUUGCUUCCUAACUCUCAUCCACCCAUAUCUGCUGAUUUUCCUCCAGUGAAUUUUAUCUGUGGUACUAGUUACUUUUAUGUUGGUUUGAUGCUCUGAUUAGUUAUUAUUAUAAUCAUUGCGCUGUGAUACUUUGUUUUAUAAUUUUUUGUAUUUAGUCAGCCAGCUUUAGCUGUGUACAUAAGCCACUAUCUAUGUGCAAUAUAUAUUUCAUAUUAAUCCCUUAAUGCAAAAGGAGUGGUUUAAAGCCAUUAGGUGUCCAACAGUACCCCUCUCCCCCCCAUCAUGUACUUGUUUUAUGGGGUUUUGGAAAGUUACAGGGUCAAAUAAAGAGCUUGCCCGUUUCAAUUUUUAUACAUUGGAAUUUCCCAGAUUGGUUUGCGGGGCCUAUGUUGCCUUUGAGACCAUAUGGCAGCAUAGGAAUGAGAAUUUCUCUGAGCAUGGCAUACCAUUUAGUUGGGGAAGGGGUUUGUGAUUAUUCUUUCUCCCUGUUUUGUUCACAAGAAUGUAAACUCCGCAAUGAAACCUUACCUUACUCUUUUCUUGUGAGCCUUGUUUGCCACCCACUUAUACGUACUGCAAUGAAUUCCAUAACUCAUCCACCUGUUUAGUUUUCAAGACUGAGAUCACUGUAAUUACUUUCUUAUCUGGCUCAUCCCUUCUUGGUCGCACUGCCACUCUUUUUCCCUGUGGUUCAAUGUCACUGUUUGUAACAGAUGGGUCGAUAUUGCUGCCCACUUAGACAUUUUGCGAUAUUGAUCUCAAAUGUAUUAGCAAGGAUAUUUAAUUGUUUUUUUGUUACUAUUUGUUACUUUUUUCUGGGGAGCUCUUUUUAUAGGGCCAUUUUAAGCCCUUGAUUAGUUGCACCAGGUGUGCUUGAGAUAACACCUGUUUUGCAUGUAUGUGCUGGGGGGGUUGAAUAAUUUUUAGACUGGAGAUAUCAUUGUAAGUUGCAGUUUUAGUUGAAUUUGGGGAAACCACUUGAAGCAUUCGUUGUGUCUAACUAUUUCAAUUGCUUUUGUUUGAUUUGUUCAUUGCAAACAACUGAAAAUCUAUAUAUUUUGACAAUAAACAUGAUUUCCAAUGGGGGUUGUAUGUCCUGAGGAAUGUUCUUAUAUAAAACUGAAAGGUUGUCAUUUUUUAUGUAACCUGGAAACCAAUAAAAGAAAGGAUUUUAAAGAAUCCUGUAGCUCUCGCUCAAUGUGGACUUACAUUUGAUUCUAAAUGUAUUUUGUUUAUUAUUUAUGUAGAACUAUAUUAUUUUUAUUAAUUAUAAGUCGAGGGAACCUGACUGACAAUGCAGGCAUUCCCACUGAAGUGGAUUUUCUAGUUAAGCUGAUCCGAGUCAUGCGAUCAUGGUGCCAUAGCCUCAGUUGUCAGACAGUCCCCCAGAUCGUGAUUGACGCAGAGGUUGAGUACCCAAGGAGAAGGGGAUGACAAUCAUUACAUAGUUAAAUAGCUGAAAAGAGACAUGCUUCCAUCAAGUUCAGCCUUUCUCACAUUAGUUUUUUGCCCUAUGGCGUUAAAGCCCAUCUUUUGUAGGAUGGCAUAGCACGCCCAUUGUCAUUAAGCAGUUACACAUAACUAAUGGUAGCUCAAUGUGUUAACGCACCAAAUAUAGAGCCUAUUAUACCCAUGAUUUACUUUAAAGGAACCUAUUAUACCCAUGAUUUACUUUAAAUACAAACAUGUAUUACUGAUUGCCGGGUUCGCCAUGGCUCUCCCACGUGGUCCCAACAUUAUCUCCAAUGCUGCACAUUACUUGUGCAUAUCUUUAAAUAUGCCAUCCUAAUGAUGUGAUAACUGGUGUGAACUGGUCGCAUCCCAAUGAUAUUACGGUCCACACAUCAAUCACCUGUCGCAGUUAUAGUUGCACUCUUGUGGUUCUAGUUAGUGCAAUAGCACGUUCUUAGAUUCUUUGGUAUUUGACUCUUGGCUUGUGUAAUGUUUAUCCUGACCUUUGUCCUCCUUUGACCAUGGUUUGUAUCUGUUUUUCCAGUAUUUUCCUAUCCAUUACUUUGGCUAUUACUCUGACUCUAUACUCCGUUAGCCUGGCCUAAGGAUUGGUAUACUGAUUGUCCCUUUUUUGUUGUGUUCUGAGUUUGUGUAUUUUGGUUCCUACCCCAAUCUUCACACUGAUGUUUAGAAAAAGCUCCCUCCAACAAAAAUGAUUAAACAUGUUUUACUAACCUUAGUCCUCCUACACAAUGGCCUCACUGCAGCUACUCCCCUUCAUUACUGAUAAUCUUAACCAAUCCAAUGCUUCCACAUAGGAAAGAAGGAGGGAUGUAAUGUGCAUGCAAUGCCAAUCAUCAUCUUCUCAUAGACAUGCAUACACUACUGCAUCUCUGUUGGAAAUGUUCAGCGUUUUAUACAAACUUUGCAGUACCGCAGCUUGAAACUCACUCAGACAGCCAGGUGGUCAUAGGAGGGAAUGCAAGCAGUGUAUUUUCUUAGAAAAAGGCAAUGUUUUCAUUGCAGAGACUGCUGGACUGCCUAAAUUGUCAGAACCACUAAAUUAAGCUGUAGUAUUUUAGGUACUUACAGUGUACAUUUGUAUCAACUUAAUCUUCUACCCUUUGAAAUCAGUAAAAUGAUGACUGUGGUGGACCUUGUAAAAUUCCCUGAGGUUGCCCGAACCUGUCUUCCUGUACUUCCCGUGUUCGUGGACCGUACAGAAGAUGUACCCCCUUUUUAUUAGUUCAGAACACCGACCACCCCUGGCUGUUAACCACAAUUAAAGGAUUAACUCAAGUCCUUUCCCUGUCUGGCCGCCAUUCGUUUAAUCGAUCGCACAUGGUCCAGAGCAUAGCAGGCUCCCGAACACAGGCAGUGCUACUUUGUUGUUGAGCACGUGGAACUCAUUUCGGCUACACAAUCUUGCGAACCCUGGAAAGGAUUGUACCGCUGCUCGUACAACUUCCCGACCAGCUACACGAAUGUUCGGGCGAUAGGAACUACCGACUGGGGGGAGCAUUCGCUCCCUAACAGCCAGGGUGAACGUUCAUCGGUGUUCAUACGGGAACCCCUGAAAGGAGACCAUCCGUUGCCCUUGAUUCUCUGAAACUAUUUUAGGUCAUCAUCUCGUGGCCGGACGGUCAAAACUUCACCCGAAUAUCGAUUCCGUUUUACGGAACGGAUCUGAGCACUAUUUGGAUAUGUUGGGCGCUCAGACACGGGCUAUUCUGGGAUAUUAGACUAUACAACUUGUGUAUAAUUUUCAUAUGUUUUUAGGGUGUUUUGUGAUAUUUUGUAUUACUUCCUGUAACUGAGAGAUAAUUGAGUUAGCCUUCCAGGGACUCAAAUAUCUCCCAGACACAGAGAUGCCUGGGAGGAACUUGUGCAUUUCUCUAUGGAGACCCCUUGCUGAGGGUCUGUGCAUAAAAAGCAAAAUGUGGCACAGUAAACCUCAGUUAACUCCAAGAACUGUGUGUCCUACAGUUACUGGGGGAAUUGGCUAUAAUCACUAAACAGUGCUUCUUACCAACUCCAGAGGAUUUCAGCGGAGACUUCAGGCUCCAGAUCCUGUCCCACCCCUCCUGGCCCAACGUAAGCCUCAGGGAGGGGGUAAUGCAAUUUAGGUUGUUUUUUUAUCCCCUUACUCAAGCCCUGUCCCCCUCCUCAGGCCCUGUCCCCUUACUAAGUCCCUGUCCCUUUCCUCUGCCCAUGUCCCCCUUCCUCAGCCCCUGCCCCCCCCUCUUAAGCUCCUGUCCCUUUCCUCAGCCCCUGGCCCCUUCCACAGUCCCUGUCCCUUUCCUCAGCCCCUGCCUCCCCUCCUAAGCUCCUGUCCCUCUUCCUCAGCCCUGUCCCUGUCAGCCCCUAUCCCUUUCCUCCGUCCCUGUCCCUUUCCUCCGUCCCUGUCCCCUUCCUCAGCCCCUGUCACCUUACUCAGCCCGUAUCACCUUACUCAGCCCUUGUCCCCCUCCUCUGCCCCGCCAACCUUUCUCAGCCCCUGUCCACCUUUCUCAGCCCCUUUCACUUUACUCAGCCCCUGUCCCUCUACUCAGCCCCUGCCCCCCUCCUCAGCCCUGUCCCCUUACUCAGCCCCUGUCCUCCUACACAGCCUCAUGCCCUUACUCAGCCCCUGUCCCAUUUUUUUCGAGAGUGGGUGGAUCUUGGGUGAGUUUUAACACUUUUUUACCCAGGACUUGACCCCUGUUGUAAAUGCAUCUGCCUCUGAAAUAAUCUUAACGUACAACCUGUGUCUCGUGUAUUACAUACUAUUGUUGACAUGGAAAUUUUGAACACAGCAUGCAAGCAGACAUUUCCAUCUGUGGGUCACUUGUAUUCUAUGAGCUGCAAGACCUUCCUUACUUACAUGCACUUAGCCUUAUUUUAGUUCAUUGUACUUAUUUGCUUUUCAUACUAUCAAGACAAGACCUAUUCCAGCUUUUAUAAUAAAGGACGUUAUAUUAAAUAUAUAUACCUUAUGACCCAAGGAAUAGCAAAAUAUGUUUAAUGCGACAAGAAAACAAAUUAGCGUGAGGAAAGGUAAGGAUUGGAUAUUGUCCUGAUAUGAAAUGAAUGCCAUGCCUGUUCUCAUGGCUGGUGACUCACAUGCCAAACAUUCGUGCCAUUUGCUUAGAUAACUAAUGUAUUUUAUAAAUGUUAUCUGCAUAUGCUGUACAUGCACUGAAUAUUUCAUUAGGGUGUACACCCAUAAUGUUUUUUUCUUUAUUAAUAUUAUUAUUUAAGGUAAUUAAUCAUUUUAAACUUUCGUAUGAGAUUAGCCUUGGGUUGCCAUCUGGCUGGUGUUUUACCGGCACAACUGGUAUUUGAGACUGUCUUUCCAGUGCUAGUUUUGCAAAAAUAUCGGCAAUGCAAAGGCCAGUAAUUUUAUCUAAUUGAACUCUGGGAAAGUGGUGAGCCAGAAUAGCCACCUUAUGCAUGGCUGGUACACACAUUACUUGACAUAUGCAUAGUCGCCUUUUCCGGCAUAUGCUUAACAAACACCCUAAAAAAUAUAAAUAGUACUUAAAUGUUUUAAAGGUCAUUGUCCACAUAUUAAACAUAACAGAACACCCCAACUCUUUUAACAAUACUACCCCAGACAAUGACCUAUAUCACAAUUGGUAAAACCACAUUAUAACAUAUAAUUAACAUGUAAACAUAACCAUUGCCACCAAGGACAUGAUUUCCCAGGUUUAUCCAUGUAGGGGUAUACCGAGAUACACAAUACACACACCAGGUUCGGAGCUACCAAUGAGCUCGAACCUACCAAUACCCUUCCAAACCGAACUGUACUUAGCGAACCAAACUAUUUUACAUCAAGACAAACAACCUACACCUCAACUUAUCUAUCCGAACAGGAGCUAAAUUUAAAAAAGGGGACGGAGGGAGAGUGGGACAAAACAGUUAAGCGAGGAUUAAUUUAGAUGGCCCCUAAUCUAAAAUGGCCACUAUAUAUACUCCUUUUGCCAAACCCCACCCUACACCCCUUCUAUGCCUGUCUCCUAGCCAUUCCCUUUAGCUGCGCUGCUUCAUGGGCUACAAUAUAGAUACAAUGACAUGCCCUAUAAACACAAUGACAAACUGCCAUAUGCACACUCUCAGUAUACACACUAACACACACAUUCAGACACAGUAUGCACAAACUGAUAUACACACACUUACACAAAGUAUACACACAAUGGCACACUGGUAUGCAAACAAACACAUUCAGGUACAAUAUACACACACUCACUCAAACAGUACACAAACAAUGAAGCAUACUGUUAUACACAAUGACAUAAUACAACACACACUGACACAAACACACACAAUAUACACACUGACAGACUGCUAGUGCACACACUGUUAUACACAAACACACACUGAGAAACAGUAUACACACACUGCUACACAUACAUAAUGCCACAUUCACAGUCAGACAUAAGGCAGACUAUAAGAAUUUUUUUUACGUGUUUUAGAGAAUUGUCCCCUUCCAAAAGUUUUUUUCUCUUAUGCCACUACCUGUGAUGUUACAUAAUGACAUGUAAUGUGCCAUGCAUAUAAUUAAUUGUGCAAAUUAGCAUGAUCAGAAUUUUACUCCAAGAAAAGUGGCAAUGCUAGCUGAACUACUUAGCAAUUAACAUACUUGUUUUAUAUUAACAACUACACUUUAAUUUAAAAAUGCAAUUGUGAGCUAACCUAUAUCAGCACUUGUUUGUUAUUAUCCUUCCUCUUCUCCUGUUGUGGUUCCUAUUGUUUGUUACUCCUGUCCCUCCCUUGCUGUUCCUAAUUGUGCUUUUCUUGUAGGUCCUGCUGUUGUUACUCCCUACUCUCUGCCCAUCAAGCAGUUACUUUUACCCCUUCUCUUGCUACCUGUCCGUUUGUUACUCUUCUGGUUUAGUCCCUCUUUUUACACCAGUCAGUUAUUUUGGAACCUCUCUCUAACUGUUUGUUAUUCCAUUCACUCAGUCCUGCCUUUUGUGCCCUGUCUAGUGGUUAACCUACCUUUAAAUCUUUAUUGUGGUCAAUUAUGCAGUCAGUAAGUCCUUCUCUCCCACUAUUGUAUUCUCUUUUUUAGUCCUUACCUGCACUCUUGCAUGAAUGACUCCUGUAAACACUCAGAACUAGACUCUAUUAGAGGAGAUAAGCUUAUCUCUUGUAAUUGAAUAGCUUAUUUUCUAUAGAAGUCAUUGGGACUCUGUUAUAUAAUUACAACAGAUAAGCUUAUCUCAUUGAAUAGAAUCUAACCCUGAGUCUGACAGGCCUCUACCCACUUCAUGCAUGCUGACAGCAAACAGCUGCUGGCUGCAGUGGAUCCUCUGUCCCCCGCUACAAUGUCUGCAAGAAAAGGAAAAACCAUCCAGCCAUGCAGUAAACUGUGCCAAGACACACCUGACACACCCGGUGCAUACGUCUAUAGUUACAGUAUCCAUGAAAAACAUAUUCAAUGUGUUAAUUUGUGCUAAAGCUUUUUACUGAGAUCCUUAUUUUUGUUUUCUAGGGUGUGGAAUCUUUAUAGCCCUUUCAUCCAUAAUUGCUGCCAUAAGUGGAUUGCUAGUGGGCUAUGAACUAGGAAUAAUCUCUGGAGCCCUUCUUCAGUUGAACAGUUUAUUGGACCUUACUUGCCGACAGCAGGAAAUAGUAGUAAGUGCGUUACUAAUUGGAGCACUUCUAGCCUCACUUGUUGGCGGAUUUCUCAUAGAUUACUAUGGAAGGAGGAUCACAAUAAUUGUAACAUCAUGUUUACUUCUCCUAGCAAAUCUCCUGUUAAUCAUUAUUGUGAAUUAUUGGAGUCUCAUCAUUGGAAGAAUUGCUAUUGGAGUGUCAAUAUCUUUAGCUGCCAUUGCUACCUGUGUUUAUAUUGCAGAGAUUGCACCACAGCAUAACAGGGGCAUGUUGGUGUCUUUAAAUGAACUCAUGAUUGUUGUUGGAAUCCUUCUGGCCUAUAUUUCCAAUUACGUGUUUGCAACCAUCACCAAUGGAUGGCAGUAUAUGUUUGGCCUUAUUAUUCCAUUAGCUGCCCUACAAGCCUUUGCUAUGUACUUCCUCCCCCCAAGCCCUCGGUUUUUAAUGAUGAAAGGGCAAGAUGAAGCUGCUGGCAAGGUUCUUCAGAAACUAAGGGCAUCAUCAAAUAUUAAUGAAGAACUCAUGGUGAUUAAAUCAUCUAUCAAAGCUGAAUAUCAGUACAACUUUUUGGAUUUGUUUUGUUCCAGGGAUAACAUGAGAGCACGGCUCUUAAUAGGUCUAACACUAAGCUUCUUUGUACAAAUAACAGGACAGCCCAACAUAUUGUUCUAUGCUUCAACUGUUCUAAAGUCUGUUGGGUUCCAGAGUAAUGAAGCUGCCACAUUAGCCUCCACUGGAAUUGGAGUUGUCAAAGUCGUUAGUACAAUUCCAGCAAUUAUGUUUGUGGACAGAUUUGGUAGUAAACGUUUUCUUUGGGUUGGGUCUGCUGUGAUGGCUGUAUCUCUGGUGGCAAUGGGACUAGUAAGCCUUAAAAUAGAUGUGAGUUCGAAAAGUAUGUGUAAAGCCCACAAUCAUUCUCUUGAAAUGUCUGCAUUCUCCAAGCCAAUGAACAUAGCAAGAAGCAAUGAGUCUCUCAAGAAAGAAUUCAAUGAACUAUCAUCAAGCAGUGAAUCAGAGCUUGCUGCAUUACGAAACGGUACAAAUAUCUGGCACUGGACACCAAGGGCAGAUCAUGCUACUCCAAGAGGCACAACAGUCUCAUCACAUGGAUCUGAAAUUUCACUAUCUUUGAAGUGGUUGUGUUUAACCAGCCUUCUUGCUUACAUUGCUGCUUUUUCUAUAGGUUUGGGACCAAGUGAGUAUUCCGCUUGACUUAACUGUGCUUGCAGUUACAUAGUUAAUGAGGUUGAAAACUAAAAGCUAAAAGUCAUCAAGUUAAACAUUCUAAUUACCAUUGAUCAUUAAUGCAGAAUAUAGAGGGAAGGGAGGGGCAGAAACCUAGUGACAGUUAGGGGUUUAUUCAAUAAACCAAGAUUCAUAGUGAUUUUGAAACUAAAUAGUAAAAUUGAAUCAAAAGUAGAUCAUUUAGAAAGAUUCUCCACUUCAGAAAGUCACAGCUUGGCAGCCUAACAUUUUUGGCAUUUAGCAAAUUACACCCUUAGAUGUUCCACUCAAAGUAUGACAUGUAGUAGACAUAUCUUUCUGAAAUUGUAACAGAAGAUACUUAGACAUGAAAAGAUUCAUUCUGUUGCGGUUUGUUAGGACUGAAAAUUUAAAAUUGUCUCAAUGUAAAUUCUGAAUUUCAAAUAUUAGGCCACAAUAGAUAGGAUGGAAACAUCAUAACAGUUAGUUAUGUUUCCGGUUCUAUUACUUUACUCUAAAUUUUGAAAUUCAGUUUUUGAAAAAAACAAAACAUUGAAUAACCCUGAAUAUUUAUCAAAAUAUUUUGUUAAAAUCUUUCAUUUCAAUGACACAUACAUUUGUAACUUAUUUUCCUGAAAAUUCACAUAAAAUUAAAUGUAAGCAAAGUUAAAUAUUUAAUUAAACAAUGCUAAUCAAGUGAUCUAUAAUUCUGGUUUGUCUGAAUUGUAAUAAAUAUUUUAGAUUAAAGGUAAUCAAGUUACAUCCCCUUUUGAUGGGGAUGUGAGCUUUUAACAUCCGCUGAGUUCACGAGAGGCAAAACCAUUGAAUAGUGAUAUAUAUUUUAAAAAGUAUUUGAUUUACAAAAAAAGGCAAAUUAAGAAAUAAUAAUUUUGGUUUUGUAACAAGUGUUUCACUGUUUUGUUUGGGAGAGAUACAAAUUCAGUUCAUUUUUAAUUUAAGCUUUAACUGUAAUUUUUUUCAUACCUAACAAUCAAAUUCAGAUGUGAUGUAUUUUUGGAAAUAACACAAAAAGCUUAAGUGAAGUAAUACAUAGAAAUUUUGUAAUGUCUGUUACAGCUUGUAUUACAAUAAGUUAAGUAGCGGACAAUUUAAAUUUUGGAAUCAGUCUUGUAUGUAAAAUACACAGGUGAUAUAAACAAUGAACUCCAUCCAUGAAUGGUUCCUUUAGUGCCAGGAAAACAAAGCCGUUUCCUGGCACUAUAGGUAUCUAGGGAGCCCCCCUCCCACGGGGCUGAAUUACCACUUACCUGAAUCCAGUGCCGAUGUCCCUCGGCGCUGGAUCAUGCUCCGCCCCUGCUCCUCCCCUGCCGACGUCAGCCCUACCUCCUUUGGGGAAAAUCUGAUGCUGGAGGUCCUCAUGCAGAGGGUGAGGACGUCCAGUAUCAGAUAACGGACCAAAGGUCCGUUUCGAUUCUGGAAGCGCCCCCAGUGGCUGUCUAGUAGACAGCCACUGAGGGCAGACUUAGAGCUGCAAUGUAAACAUUCUCUGGAACUGCAAUGUUUUACAUUGCAGCACUAAGUGCAAUAGGGACACAGCACCCAGACCACUUCAAUUAGCUGACGCUUUAAUAAAGUUUUUGAAAAUUCUUUAGACCAAAACAAUUUCACUAAGCUAAAGCUGUUUAGUGAUUAGGGUGUCCCUUUAAUGUGGGCAUGGUUUAUAAGAAUACAUUGUUUGUGGGAUUUUGCUUCCUCCAAGAGGACAAAUAGAACCAAGACUUUCAGAAAUGUUCUGAUUGGAACUCUUUUUGGAACAUCUUUGGGAAAUACUCAUACUGACUGUGCUGGAAUUUCACGUAUAUUGCAACCCAAACAAAAGUUAUAGUGAGACAAAGUAAAAACUAUUUUGUCUCAGUAUAUUUCUUACGCCUGACACUUCUAGACACUGGGUGGAGCUAACGCUGUGUAGAAGUGUCAGUCUCCCAGCCAUCAGCAGUGACAGCUCCAGAGAUAUUAGCUGUGUCAAUGGAGGAUCCUCCAUAUACCUGAAUGCUGUACUCUAGCAAAUGUGCAAGAGUACAGCAGUGACGUCAGCUCCUGGUGCUGAAGCAUCAAGAGCAGAAGAGGGCUGGCUGGAAUAAGAUGGCUAUGUCCGCUAGGGUCAUGUUCAGGUAAGUAAAAUUUACCUUUCCCUGUCCCUAUGUCACUGUUGGGGGUUUUCACAAAUUAUGCAAAGUCCCCAGACAGUGACAGUGCUGCUUUAAGAACUGGUCUGUUGAUUAUGGCUCCAAGUCAAGGCUCCUGAAUCGUCCAUUUUUGAAUACUAUCUUCUUUGUCUCAAGGCUGGUUUGUCAAUCUACCCAGGAAUUCAUUAGUUCCCAAUACUAGAGUCUCUUUACUGAAUGUGCUUUCAAAUAUUAUGUGUGGGCAAUUAUGCUCUUCAAGAAAAAUGAUUCCCAGUUCAUUCCUUUUUCUGGACCAAGAAAGGGCCAAAACGUUUCAGCUUUACCUUUACUUCUGGCACGUGUUUAUUCAUCACAGCAGGCUUAUUCCUUGAUGAAUAAAUCAGAGCCUGACAGGAUCACUGCCCAUACUACUAAAGUGGUGGUUAUGUCCUAGCUUUUUAUCAUGGGGUUUCAAUGGAGCAGAUUUGCAAAGUUUUCCCAGAUUUUACCAUAGUAAUUGUUCUGGACAAAAUAUUAACCAAAUUCAUAUUAAUAAAAUGCAUAUUUACUCAGCAUAACCACAAUCAGCAUUAUUCAACCUUAUACGUGAUUUACCUAAAAUGGCCGCUUGGGAGUUUCCCUUUGACAUCGACUAACACCCUCAAUAAAAAGAUGGCGCUGGAAUCUGGGGGAGACCUCCUGGAUACCAGUGACAUCACACCAGGCAGAAGAGCAAUAAAUGAACCACUUAACACCUAACCAAUUAUCGAUGUAUUAUUCCAUGUUAUCUCUGACAAUGCAUAAGGGGCAUGCCGUCUCCCCAGAAUAAACAUUAAUUCCUCAAGUUUUUCAUUAACCCGAAACCUGUGUCUGGUGUGAAUUACUUCAGGAGCGUGCACGCAUCUUUUUAAAUUUGGACGGGGGCAGAUACCCAAGAUAAUCGAUUGAUUGAUUCCACAUCAUUUGGUGCCCAAAGUGGGGCACCGGGUUUUGCCGGUUCGGACGGCGGGAAUCCGGGACCGGAGCGGACCUCCGGAAAGUGGGACAACCGGAGCCUGAUCACUUCCUAAAUACAGUGGUUUGCCUAUAUUCUCCUGUUUUGUGUCGGUCUGUCUCCGUGUCCACUUCUGGCUUCCACAAGGCUACAAGACAGGUAAUCUCUUAUCCGGUGCCUUUUUAAGCGAAAAGUAGUAAUAGAAACCCUAGGUGGAGGUUCAACCCAAAAUUAGGGAGACCCCACCACCCGGGGAGUCUAAAAGGCACCUUGGCGGACACUCCAGAAGUGUCCUAGGGCUUAACCCCUGGAUAAUAGAAACAUAGAAACAUAGAAUGUGACGGCAGAUAAGAACCAUUCGGCCCAUCUAGUCUGCCCAAUUUUCCAAAUACUUUCAUUAGUCCCUAGCCUUAUCUUAUAGUUAGGAUAGCCUUAUGCCUAUCCCACACAUGCUUAAACUCCUUUACUGUGUUAACCUCUACCACUUCAGCUGGAAUGCUAUUCCAUGCAUCCACUACCCUCUCAGUAAAGUAAUACUUCCUGAUAUUAUUUUUAAACCUUUGUCCCUCUAAUUUAAGACUAUGUCCUCUUGUUGUGGUAGUUUUUUUUCUUUAAAUAUAGUCUCCUCCUUUACUGUGUUGAUUCCCUUUAUAUAUUUAAAUGUUUCUAUCAUAUCCACCCUGUCUCAUCUUUCCUCCAAGCUAUACAUGUUAAGAUCCUUUAACCUUUUCUGGUAAGUUUUAUCCCGCAAUCCAUGAACCAGCUUAGUAGCCCUUCUCUGAACCCUCUCUAAGGUAUCAAUAUCCUUCUGAAGAUACGGUCUCCAGUACUGUGUACAAUACUCCAAGUGAGGUCUCACCAGUGUUCUGUACAAUGGCAUGAGCACUUCCCUUUCUACUGCUAAUACCUCUCCCUAUACAACCAAGCAUUCUGCUAGCAUUUCCUGCUGCUCUAUUACAUUGUCUGCCUACCUUUAAGUCAUCAGAAAUAAUCACCCCUAAAUCCCUUUCCUCAGUUGUUGAGGUUAGGACUCUAUCAAAUAUUCUGUACUCUGCCCUUGGGUUUUUACGUCCAAGAUGCAUUAUCUUGCACUUAUUCACAUUAAAUGUCAGUUGCCACAAUUCUGACCAUUUUUCUAGUUUACCUAAAUCAUUUGUCAUUUGGCUUAUCCCUCCUGGAACAUCAACCCUGUUAUAUAUCUUAGUAUCAUCAGCAAAAAGACAUACCUUACCAUCAAGACCUUCUGCAAUAUCACAAAUAAAAAUAUUAAAGAGAAUGGGUCCAAGUACAGAUCCCUGAGAUACCCCACUGGUGACAAGUCCAAGCUUCAAAUAUAUUCCAUUAACUACAACCCUCUGUUGCCUGUCACUCAGCCACUGCCUUACCCAUUCAACAAUAUUGGAAUCCAAACUUAAAGAUCGCAGUUUAUUGAUAUGCCUUCUAUGUGCAACAGUGUCAAAAGUAGUGAUGUCGCGAACCGUUCGCGAACUUCCCGUGAACGGCUCGCCGCGGUUCGUGGCGAGCUCCGGUCAGCUGACACAUCCCGGCCAAUCUCCAGCAGACCCUCCCUCGCAGACCCUCCCACCUCCUGCCAGAGGUGGGAGGGUUUGGGAGGGAGGGUCUGCUGGAGAUUGGCCGGGAUGUGUCAGCUGACCGGAGCUCGCCACGAACGGUUUGUGGCGAACCGUGGCGAGCCGUUCGCGGGAAGUUCGCGAACGGUUCGCGACAUCUCUAGUCAAAAGCCUUACUGAAAUCUAGGUAAGCAAUGUCUACUGCACCACCCUGAUCUAUAAUUUUAGUUACCCGAUCAAAUAACAAGAAAGAAAAAGAAAAAUGCUCAAAUUCUAGCCCAUGUCGAAGGUGCAUACUUUAAGCACCGAAACGCGCGUCGGGUUCUCUGUCUCUUUUUUUUCACUACUUUCACUUUGGGCACUUUCACCAUGUGCAGGUAACCAGCAUCCUAAGUAUGGUUCUGCACAGUAGCACUAUAUAAUUUUCUAACCUCUCUUCCAACUUCCAAACCCUGUAUCUAUUAGUUACCUUUGUAUUAGUAUCAGAGAUUGUCUUUCUCUUUUUAUAAUUUACAAGUUCUCUUACUAGUCACUAUGUAUUUACAAUAAUUAGAUACAUUUUCUUAUAGAUGACCCCUUAUUAUUUGGCAUUAUUAUACAAGUAUUGAUUAUUAUUGUGGAUAAGGAGACUUCAUUGUUUAAAGAUACUGUCCCCUACUUACAAUACACUGCUAUCAUACAGUGGCCAGGCUAUUUAAUCAAACUCUUAAUACUUAGGGUCGCUAUAUUAGGUACUUGGAUUGGUUUCCGUGAUUCUACUAGCAUUGAUCUAUAAUUACAAUACAGACUGUGACCUAUCUAGUUAUUAAUAAAGGCAGGAGUCUGAGGUCUUUUACUGUCACGGCAAAAAAGUGAGAGGUUUAGCCGAAAAGCUUGGCAUUUAUCACUUCACAUUUGAUGUCUCUAAGGUCUGGGAGAAGUAGGAAUCCAUCUACAUUUCAGUCAUUAUUAUUGUAAAUAAAUUAAUUGUCAUCAGAUCGAACUUUUAUUAUGUAAAUUCCAGACUAGACUCGAAUUGCAGGAAUACUUCCAGCGAUUUGAGCAUUUUUCUUUUUCUUUCCUUUUUAAACGAACCUGUCGAUUGUCUAUCUGCCUCCUUAGUGUUUGUGUGCGUGUGAGAAAGCUGGUGUGUGGUUUAUGUUUUAUUAUUAUAGCUUGACUGCCUAGCGAGGGAACGCAUCCGCCCGGUGAGGGGCUGGGAAUUUAUUAUAGCUUGACUGCCUAGCGGGCAGGGAACGCAUCCGCCCGGUGUGGGGCUGGGAAUUUAUUAUAGCUUGACUGCCUAGCGGGCAGGGAACGCAUCCGCCCGGUGAGGGUCUGGGAAUUUAUUAUAGCUUGAAUGCCUAGCGGGCAAGGAACACAUCCGCCCGGUGAGGGGCUGGGAAUUUAUUAUAGCUUGACUGCCUAGCGGGCAAGGAACGCAUCCGCCCAGUGAGGGGCUGGGAAUUUAUUAUAACUUGACUGCCUAGCAGGCAGGGAACGCAUCCGCCCGGUGAAGGGCUGGGAACCGCCUAGAUAAAGGCUGGGAAUUUUGUCGUACUGUUCAGAGCAGAACAGGGUUUUAUUUACUGUUUAGUUGUUACUAUGCUCGUUGUUAUAUUGUUCUUUAUUAUAUUAUGGUUUUUAUUUAAUUGUGGCCAUAGUGUGGGUACCCUCGCUGUGUGUGUGUGUGUUGUGUGGCUCAUCCUUGAUUCCAGAUUAUGUGCACAUCUCUAUAUCUGUGACUCUUGUAAAUAUCUUCUGUAUACUCUUUCCACGUUCACCUCUUCUGUACUUUUUACCCAGAGCUGUGUUAGUCACCCACGCUCGCCUGCUCAGAUCCGUGGCCACCAUCUUGGGUGGGCGGAUCCCGUGACUAGUCUACGUUUAGGGAAGACGCACGAAGAUCAAUUCCUCCUGGCAGUCGAGCACUGUAGACAUUCCUUCUUUUUCCUCUCUCUCUCUCUGUCCCUUUUACGUGGGAAGCCUUGUUUGGUAAAAAUGGGACAAGAACUCGCCAGACCUUCCAAAGGCUACUUACCUUGUGACAUAGUUAAGGAGAGAGGCUAUGUUAAAAAUAAAGAAAAUAGCAAAGAUUUGUGGCUUCCAAAUGUCACCCAGUGGUAGAUUACAGCCAGAAUUUUGGAGGAAAUUGCUUAUUGACAAAGAGGGCUUAUUGUUGGAUAAUGGGCUAACGAAAGCCAUGGAGGCUUGGUAUCGGGUGGCAAGAGGACUCGGGAGGGAGGGUUGGUUAGAGGAAGAACUAGAUUUUGGAGGACAAUCGAUUUAUGUAUAUCAUACAAAAUGUUUGUAAUGAUGAUUCAUCUCUUGAUGUUCCCCAGCCACCGCCCUAUGAUGGCGCCCAACACAAUGUGAAAGAAUCUGACUCCGCCUCCCCAGCCACUACCCAGUCGUCACCUUCAAUUGGCGUAGGCUCCUCUGUCCCCACCCCUCUGUGCCCCGUCCUCGGGACGGACAGAUCUUAUUACUAACUCGUCCCUCUCCCACCUCCCUCUGUUUUUUCCACUGCCCUUGGAUCCCUCUUGCCAAUAUUUGUUUGCUUUCACACAUGAUCGCCAACAAUACACUUGGACUGACAUGCCUCAAGGUGCACAAAAUUCCCCUACUCAAUUCGCCAAAGAUAUGUUAACUGUCUUAGAACCUUGGCAGAAGUCUCACCCUGACAUGGUCCUGCUCCAGUAUGUGGAUGAUCUACUCCUCUGUGCGGAUGAUCUUCCAACUGCUGAAUAAAAUUCCAAAGAUCUCCUUUGUUUCCUCGCUGAAGAAGGAUGUAAAGCCUCCAGAACGAAACUUCACUGGUGCCGGCCCUCUGUGGUCUUCUUGGGACAUUGCCUUUCCCAUGGCACCCGUCACCUAACAAAGAACAGAGUACUUGCUAUUACAAAUUUCUCUCUCCCAUCUACUCAUCAAACUCUUUAUACCUUCUUGGGCCUCAUCACAUAUUGCAGGUCUUGGAUCCCUGAGGCUUCUCAGCUCAUGCAACCUCUCUAUGAUGCCUUGAAGACUGAACCAUUUUCAUUGUCUUUAACAGCUCGCUCCUGCUACUAUGCCCUUCAAAGGGCCAUCUCCUCUGCCCCAGCCUACCUAACUAUCAGCAACUAUUCAAACUUUUUGUCUCUGAAAAUAUGGGCCAUGCUUCAGGGGUCCUUAAACAAUCACAUGGUUCCCGUCAACGCCCUAUUGGUUAUUUUUCAUGCAUGCUGGACCCCGUGGCUCGAGGUGAUUCUUCUUGUUUACGUGCUGUGUUUGCUGCCAGUGCCCUAAUGACUUUGUUCUCGGACAUAAACUCACUGUCCUUGUUCCUCAUGAUAUCACGGCCAUCCUGAAUCAAGUCCAACCGAAACAUCUCUCCUCCCAGAGACACCUCCGCCUUCAAACCUCCCUCCUCUUGCCUGAUAACGUCACUCUACAAAGAUGUUACUCUUUAAACCCAGCCACUCUUCUGCCACUUCCCAAGGGGGGAGUACCACAAUACUGGUACAGUCUGGACAUAAAUCCUGAUGUUCAUAUGGACCUUCAAGUGAAAAAACCCAUGGUUCCACAUGAUGAACAACCUGAGGGCUACUUACAUUGUACCCUGUGGUUCAGGAAUACCCCAGGUCCUGACCCAUACUAUGAAGGGACCUUCAAGUGAAAAAGCCCAUGGUUCCACAUGACGAACAACCUGAGGGCUACUUACAUUGUACCCUGUGGUUCAGGAAUACCCCAGGUCCUGACCCAUACUAUGAAGGGACCUUCAAGUGAAAAAGCCCAUGGUUCCACAUGACGAACAACCUGAGGGCUACUUACAUUGUACCCUGUGGUUCAGGAAUACCCCAGGUCCUGACCCAUACUAUGAAGAAGAAUUAUUUAGCCUGGUGGAAAUACGCGUCACCCUGACAGAGCUGUUCUGUUACUCCUGAGGAAAUACUGUUAUCUUGGUCUAACUGCCCAUGGAGGUAUUACAUUUAUACCACCGCUGGGAAGUGGCAGUUCCUCAUAUCUCUUUCACCAAAUCUCUCAUGGAAAGAACUCGGCCCAAUGGCCAAAACAUGGAGUACUGCAACUCAAGAACAGCUCCCAAUGACGGGGGUCACUAAAAGGACCAUAAAUUGCAAAACAGUCGGUUACCCUCGAUAUCACAGAGAUAUGUGAAGACAUCCCUCCUACAGAACAGGACCCGGAUGCCCCUCAUGACUGUUUUGAACAGAUGAAAAUGGAGACAACCCAUCUCCCGACGGUGCACGAGGCUGCUCUGCCAGAUCCUGACUUCACCCUGUUUGUGGAUGGUUCUAGAUUUGCCAACGUACAGGGACAAUAUCAUACCGGAUAUGCUGUCAUCACAGAAGACCGAGUACUCCAAGCAUCUUCACUACCAUCAUCUAAGUCAGCACAAGAAGCCGAACUAAUAGCCCUUACAGCAGCAUGUAAGAUGUCUGAAGGGAAGCGUGUUAAUAUCUAUACAGACUCAAGGUAUGCCCUGGGCGUAGCACAUGAUUUUGGCUUAAUCUGGAAAACAAGGGGGUUUCUUACAGCAGCAGGUACUCCGGUGAAACAUGGCGCAGCUAUCAACGAAUUAAUGGAUGCCUUACUGCUCCCUGAAGAGGUGGCCAUAUUGAAGGUAAAGGCCCACGGGAGAUUGAAUUCAGAAGAAGCAUGUGGCAAUUACUUAGCCGAUCAGGCUGCUAAAGAUGCGGCAUGCCAGUGUCAGGAAGUGGACAGAAGAGUGCCUGUUGAACAGACUCCUAUUUACACUAUGCAAACCCUACCUACCGAUCUCAAGUUCCUGAGAGAACAACAGGCUGCUGCCACCCCUCAGGAAAAACAAAGUUGGAAAGAUAAAGGGGCAACCCUCCAGAAUGAAGUGUACACAAUCAACCUCAAAUUCUGUCUACCCAAGAAUAUGUACCCAGCUGUCUUUCAGUGGGCCCAUGGACCAGCCCAUUUAUCCAAGCACCUCAUGAACUCCCUGAUUGAUAAAUAAUUUGAGGCACCCGGAAUCACUACUUUGACAAGAAAUUACUGCAGAUCCUGUACUAUAUGCGCCACAUGUAAUCCGGGGAAAAUAAUUAAAGCCGCACCAAACCAUUUGGCCAAGCCACAGUACCCUUUCCAAAGGAUCCAAAUUGAUCAUAUCCAAAUGCCAAAAAGUGGCCGGUAUGAAUAUGAACUGGUCAUAGUGGAUAUGUUUUCAGGAUGGCCAGAAGCUUUUCCUGUCACUAAUCUCACUGCGAAGACCACAGCAAAGCGCCUACUUACCGAAAUCAUCUGCAGAUAUGGAGUUCCUGAGGUGAUUGAAAGUGACCAGGGAACAUCAUUCACUGUGUUGCUAACCAAGGAAAUCUGGGCAGCAGCAGGGGUUACCCUUGCAUUCCACACACCCUAUCACCCACAGGAUAGUGGUAAGGUAGAACGCAUGAAUGACACCUUGAAAGCCAGAAUGCUUAAGAUGGCCCAAGAAACUAACCUACCCUGGCUGGAAAGUCUUCCCAUAGCACUAUUUAGUGUAAGGUACACUCCAAGAGGGAGAUUUAGCUUAUCCCCCUACGAGAUUUUAUUUGGUACAGCACCCAGGUUAGGCUUUUACUUUCCUCAACAACUUCAAAUUCAGUCAGAUGCAUUGGUAGAUUAUAUAACUGCACUCUCUCAUGCCUUGACCAAAAUCCAUGCACAGGUGUUUUCUUCUAUUCCAGAUCCAGAAUCAAAUACAGGCACUCAUAAACUCCUUCCUGGUGACUGGGUUAUGGUCAAGAAAUUCCUGAGAAAGCACACUCUUGAGCCAAGGUUUGAUGGUCCAUUCCAAGUCCUAUUGACCACGUCUACGUCGGUAAAAUUGGCUGGGAAGAAUACCUGGAUACACGCCUCGCACUGUAAGAAAGUUCCUGAUCCAGAGGAAGCAGAUCCCGCUAAAGUAUGAGCUUCCUGUGUCUAUUUCUGCUGCUAGGCCUAUUAAAGGCCCAACAAGUUGCUAUCACCAAAGAUAAUCGUGUUUACACAUUCUGUUAUAACUCUUCAAACACACAUGUAGCUACUUUUACCUUUGAUUACUGUGAUAUUGUUCCUUGUACUUUUCCACAAUCACAACACUCAGCAUUAUAUACAAAGACAUACCCAAUAGAAAGGACCCAUACAUUUGUGUGACAGGUGACCAUUGGAGACAUCAUUGUAGUACCUGGAAAGCAGAAGGUUGGAACAUAGGCCGACCAUGGGGCUACAGACCACAAAGUGUAGGGUGGACAGACAUGGGAAACCCUUAUUACACAGAAUGACCUUAUGUAAGCCAACAGGGUCUACCCCAUUGAAACUCACCUUAAACACAGAACAUCCCAGCCCAGGAGACACUGAAGAGUACGUAAUGGGGAUGUACUGGAGAGGGGGUGGCUCAUAUAACAAUGGGGACCUUCUAUUUAUAAGACAUGCAUACAUCACCUGACUGGGUAGACUCUACACACAUGACCACUAACCCUCUAAAACCGAACAUUAAAACUCUUAAGGACAUGGUGGCAAUUGCCAAUCCACAUUCGAGGACACGAUGGCUGUGGAGACCGGUUUUUCAGAUACCAACCUAUGGCUCGAGUGGAUGAGGUAUAAUGCUAAUUCACACAAUAAAACUAACUGUUAUGUCUGUGGCGGGGCCAGACCCCAUCUGGGUACAGUGCCUUUUAAUCUACCCCCUGAUGUUGAGAUGUGUUUUCUAAGCCUCUGUGUACAAUCAGCCACAAACUCAUCAGUAUGUGAAUCAUGGAAAAAGGCAUAUCCAAUAACUCAAGGGAAUCUCAGGCCACCUGAUGGAAUCACCGUGUAUCCAGGUAAUUACACUUGCUACACUAUACAUGGUACCACGGGUAAAUUUGUGGGUAGUUUCCCUCCCAGCUACGGUGCCACCUAUCGGACACCUCCCACUACCUUAUUGGUAAAUCAAGUCAAGUCCUUGGGAGACAUUUAUUGGCUAUGUGGUGAUAUGCAACCCAGAUCUAAAAUGACUGGCCUGUGGUGGGGAGAAUGCACUCUGACCAAAGCCAUCAUGCCUAUACAUAUAAUUUCUGAUAACCACCAAGGCCCAUUUGAUUCCCCACACACAUAUUUUAGGAUAAAAAGAGAAACCCCUAUUCAAGGUAGUUUCGACCCACAUAUAUAUCGAUGCCAUAGGUGUACCAAGGGGGGUACCAAACGAGUUCAAGGCCAGAGAUGAGGUUGCGGCAGGAUUUGAAUCCUUGAUCCCACUCAUCACCGCUAACAAGAAUGUUAACUGGAUUAAUUAUAUCUAUUAUAAUCAGCAACGUUUUGUCAAUUAUACUAGAGAUGCCCUUCAAGGCUUGGCAGAACAAUUGCAGGCUACCUCCCAAAUGACAUUCCAGAAUCGAAUGGCCUUAGACAUGAUCCUAGCAGAAAAGGGGGGGGAGUGUAAAAUACUCCCCGACACUAUGACAUGCUGUACCUUCAUUCCAGAUAAUACAGGCCCCAAUGGUAAAGUAACCAUGGCCAUAAAGAAAUUAGAAAGUCUCUCUGCCGAAUUAAAAAAAUAACUCAGGGGUCUCCAAUUCAUGGGACAGAUGGUUGGGAUGGAUGAGUUGAUGUCAGAAAGUUUUCUUUCAAGUAGGUAUGGCAGUUCUUACAGUAGUGAUUCUCCUCCUCUUCCUGGUUUGCUGCGUGAUACCCUGGGUGCAAAGGUACUUACAAAAGACUGUAGAUCAGACCAUUGACCGCACCACACCUACUUUCCUACAUCAAGAUAUUGACGAUAUAGACUGUGACACCCAGCACACACCUCUUCAGUCCCACCACCUCAAAAGGACAACUACUUCUUUAUAGGAACAGCAUAGGGACAGCGUCUGUCUCCACGGGUAGGAGUCUGACGCGGGAGAUGUAGUGGGUUAGCCACUACGGGAUACCCGCGCAGUGAAGCGUUCGAGGCCAGUUCAGACAGAUGAGCUGCAGCCAAGUAGGGACAUUGUUAGGGUCAGUUAGUAGUUGUUUCUUUAGUAAAUAGUCAUUUUAAGGGGGGACCGUUGUGGACAAAAUAUUAACCCAAUUCAUAUUAAUAAAAUGCCUAUUUACUCAGCAUAACCACAAUCAGCAUUAUUCAACCUCAUACGUGAUUUACCUAAAAUGGCCGCUAGGGAGUUUCCCUUUGACAUCGACUAACACCCUCAUUAACAAGAUGGUGCUGGAAUCUGGGGAAACCUCAAAGAUACCAGUGACAUCACACCCGGUAGGAAGAGCAAUAAAUGAACCACUUAACACCUAACCAAUUAUUGAUGUAUUAUUCCAUGUUAUCUCUGACAAUGCAUAUGAUGUAAUUUUGCUUUAUAAGGGGCAUGCCGUCCCCCCAGAAUAAACAUUCAUUCCUCAAGUUUUUCAUUAACCCGAAACCUGUGUCUGGUGUGAAUUACUUCAGGAGCGUGCACGCAUCUUUUUAAAUUUGGCCGGGGGCAGAUACGCAAGAUAAUCAAUUGAUUGAUUCCACAUCAGUAAUGUUUUUGUGUCCAUUGAUGCUUCAUUUGGCAGGAAAGUUCUGUGGACAGUCCCAUUUAGUCUCCUGCAGACAUUUCCAUGCAACAAUAAAUAAUUCAGGUUAAACAGUAGUAACGACAAACGAGGGUGUGUCCAGAGAUUUAAAAAAAAAAAAGAAUUAAUUGCAUAUCCAUGUUUCAUAAACGUGUGGUCAUAAUCAUUUAACAUGUUUCAUGCUAAUUGGCACUGAGUUAAGGCUUUCUUAUCCAUGCGCGUCUUCUUUUAUGUGGUUAUUUUAUUCCACAAGCAAUGGAUUCUCAUGUACUGUGACCACAAUAAAAUGGCUAACUGGGAAAUUUCCCAUAGGAGGCGCAGGAAGGAUGAGUUGUCUACAGGGCUUUCUGGAAAAAGUCUGAAAGGGUCCAGGAGAUGACCAAACUGGGCAUCUCCUAAGUCCUUUAUUGAUCCUUUAUAGGGAAUCAUGCUGUUCAGCGUUUCUGGAUUUAAAAACUUGCCUAUGGGGUUUAUUCAGUAAACAGUGAUACAUGGUAGGCUUAGUGAGUCAACACAUUUUGAUCAAAAUAUCAGUCCAAGACAAAUUUAUAACUGUACUGUAAGUUGCUUGUUAAGAACAGACCCACGCAUGAUUGCAGAUGUAUGUGAGAAAGACUAAAUUUCUGGCUCAUUAAAUGAUCAAAUGAGGAUAUUUUUUAAAGCUGCUAUGUUGGUCUGUAGUGCAGUGCUACGCAUUUGUAAACUGACCAUUUCUACUUUCUUGUCAGUGGCUUGGCUGGUUCAGAGUGAAAUCUUUCCUGCGGGUAUUAAAGGUCGGGCAUUUUCAAUAACAAGCAGUAUGAACUGGGGAAUGAAUCUACUCAUAUCGCUGACAUUUCUCACAUUAACUGGUAAGAUACAUUUGUGGUUCCUUUAAAUUUAAUACAUUCUGUAUAUGAAGGCAGACGUUUUUGCUGUUGUCAGCAUAACUUACUACUCCCAUAGAGUAAUGUCCUCGUUUCCCAGAGAUAAUACGUUACCGACAAGGACAACACUAUAAAUAAAGUAUAUACAGUAAAUAUUCUUUUUACGCCUGUGUAUAAUUAUCUUGGAUUGUUAUGUGAAUUUUCUUACUGCUUUUGUAAAUGAGGAACACAGACAUUAAAAUGUUCAUAAGUCUGUUCGUUGUUUAUGGUUUAAAGCCUCCAUUUAAUGGACACUCCAGGCACCAAAACAACUUUCAUGCAUUUUAUAGCUUUUUACUUAAAGGAACAUUUCAAACAUCAUAACCACUAUUGCACAUGGUAGUGGUUAUGGUGUCAGGAGUGCCUAUUGUAAGUAGUCAAACUGUUUUAGAACAGUUUGGCUUCUUACCAGUGAGCCACAGUGUUUAUGGUGUUACAAAUGUUCCUUUAAGUAGUUAUCUCAAUUGUGUAUAGAUUUUGCAAAAAGCAAUGUUUGGUCACAUUGUUAAAUCUGCCUGCUUUGUUUUUCUCAUUCAGUACAUGGAUGUGGAAAAACUAGUCUAGUUUGAGAAAUGUGCUAAAACUGCACAUCACGCAGAUUACAACCAUAUAUGCGUGUAUAGGUGCAGUCACAUCAACAUACACCUACACAGUCAGUACCUAUCAGCCUAUUACCCAUAGUACACCAACAUCACAUUCUGCAUCCACACGGUACCCAUAGCACACUGAGUAACCUAUAUGAAAAGACUAAGACCUCUCCAACUCUACAAGUAACAAAUACACAAUUCGAUCAACAAAGACAUUAUUUGCCAGGUGGUUGAUGAAUACCCUUUCUUCUUUUUCUCAUCCUUGUAUUGUAUGGGGUUAGGAAAAAGUAAACCAACCAGGUAAUAUUUGCUAAAUGCCUAUCCCAUUCCACCACCCACUCAAGUUUGGAGGGGAGAGGGUAGGGACACACACAAUACAUAGUUGAUUCGUUUCUCCAUGUUGAUAGGCCCUAAUACUGUAACACCCCAUAUCCAAAUAGAGGCCAGUUAAACAAAUCUACCUCAAAGCCCUGUCCAAAGUAGCAUUGUUACCAACCUUAAUCAUGAGAUAAUAGCAAAUAAGUACAAGCAGCUUCUACUGCUCUGUCUUACAGUUAAGUAUGUAUACGAAAGACAACCUUUGUUUAAAAAUCAGACUAUAUUUUUUGCUGAUGUGGCUUUUAACGCAUCUUUAAAUCCUAAAAACAAGGUAUUUACCCCUUAGCCAUUCCUUUAAAUUUUAAGCCUCAUUAGUCUGCAGUUCAGCAACCCCUUCUACAUAAUAAGAGUCAUUAGUUAUUUUCUAUUCAUCCAUUUUUAUUGUUUAUUAACUUUUAGAGCAAUAAGUAAUUUAAUCACAAAUAAGUGAUAUUUUUCUGUUAAUAAAUAAUAUGCUUCAACCACCUUAUUUAGAUAAAAACAAUAUUGUUGUGCAUUGAUAACACAAUCAUUUUUGUUUUGUUAACAGAGAGAGUUGGUCUACCGUGGAUGCUUUUUGUAUAUGCUGUAAUGAGUCUAGCUUCAUUGAUGUUUGUCAUAGUCUUUGUUCCUGAUACAAAGGGGAGACCUUUAGAGGAGAUAUCUAUGGAGUUGGCAAAUAGGUGGGUACUUCAUCAUUUUUUUAAUCAACAUUUAUAAGUUAAUCGUCAUGGUAGAAUUCAGUGGCAAAACUGCCAGGGUUGAAAGAUAAGCCUUUCAUUUGCAAACCUGUUAUUUUGUAUAUUGCUAAAUAAACUGCAUUAAAUUACAGCAUCAGCCCACAAACGCUGUCCCCUUGCUGAGGGUAGGGGUGCUGCUAAAUGAUCCUUUCUUUCCUCCUGCUCUGUGUGUGCACAGUGGAGGUGCAUACUGCUCCAUACUGCAGCCAGAACUCAUUGCCUCCUCAUCUCUUCUUGUGAAGAGGCAAUGAGUUGCAGGCAAUCUUCUACAAGUUAGGGAGCCCCCCCCAAUUCACAGCAAGCCUUGAGCAGCACAGAGAGUUCACAGCAAGCCCAGCCAAAGCCCUGCUGCAGCCUGCAUCUGACCAUUCAGUGGCACAUCAGACCAGGAUGAGUCAAACUCAAUCCUGGCACCUUACGUAUCAGAAAUACUGCAAAACUUGUAAAAAUAAUAGAGACCUGAUCUCUACUUACACACUUCUCUCUGCUUCUCUUUCCCUUAUGCUCUGUCUUUUCGGGUUCUCCUUCUCUCAUUGUGUUUACCUCUCUUUCUGAAUUUAAAUGCAACUACAUUCAAUUUUAGUAUUACUAUAUGCUUUUACACCAGCUGACUGGAUAUCAAUUAAGGAAUGUGCAGUCAGUGCACAUAUCUGCUCCGCAGUCUAUAAAAUUAAAGUUGACAGGCUACUGUCUACAUUUUAGAGAGUGCAUUGUACAAUAAACUGUAUGGUUACCUUAUGUGCUAUGGUACAGUACAAUCUUCCUAUGCAAUUUUAAAAGGUCAAGAUAUUAAGGUAUUGUGCGACAUACUGUAAGUCAAGUCAGAUGAACAACACAUGAAAUAUUGCAAGGGGUGCCAUGAUCUAGUUAACAAAAAUAAAGCCAUGCGUGAAAAAUCCUUGACUACUGACUCCUUCGAUCACCAAAUCCUGCUACCCUUCCCUUCCCGAUAAGUAACGCAACACCAUGUUAAGUGGGUAAGGGCAACGGCCACAGAUUUAUUUAACCCCUUAAGGACACAUGACAUGUGUGACAUGUCAUGAUUCCCUUUUAUUCCAGAAGUUUGGUCCUUAAGGGGUUAAACCAGCAUAACCAAAUACUGUCAGCUGCUGGUUUUACCCAGCAGACAGGAACACUUUAAACUUCUUCCAGAGCCUCUUCAGCCUGUCCUUCAUCAACCAAAUUCAGGUUGCAACCAUUGGCGGAUCCAGGGGGGGGGGGGGCAACGGGGCAAUUGCCCCCCCCAAGAUUCCCCCUGCCGGCUAACGUAGGGCUGGCAUUGCCCAAGUGCCAGCCCUGCAAUGUGCUUGCAGACCGAGGAGGAAGAUCAGAGAUCUCCCUCCCCGGUCCGCAGGCACCGUGCUAACAGCCGGUGGGGGAGGGAGGGAGGAGAGAGAGAGAGGACCCGGAGCUCAGUCUGCAGCUCCUCCGGGUCCUCCUCUCUCGAGAUUUGGAGCGUUGCCGCGGUUACCACGGCAACGCUCCAAAUCUCGCGAGAGUGAACUCUAGCCCGGGAGCGCGGGCUAGAGUUCACUCUGACCACCUGAUCACCAAUGAAUCCCCCACCGGACCACCAGGGAAAUGUCCCCCCUCCUCCUAAAUAAAGGUAAGAAGGGAGGGGGGACAUAGAAUAUUUAUUUUAUUAAAUAAUUUUUUUUUUUAUUAUUUAAAAGCCUCCUUCCCCCCAUUACACACACUGCCCUCCCCCCAUACACACUGCCCCCAUUCCCCCCAUACACACACUGCCCCAUUACACUGCCCCAUUACACACACUGCCCCCAUUACACCACUGCCCCCAUACACACACUGCCCCCAUUACACCUGCCCCCCAUUACACACACUGCUCCCCAUGCACACACACUGCCCCCAUUACACACACUGCCCCCCCAGUACACACACUGCCCCCAUGACACUGCUCCCCCAUACACACACUGCCCACAUUACACACCCUGCCCCCACAUUACACACACUGCCCUCCAUUACACACACCCCCCCAUACACACACUGCCCCCCAUUACACACUGCCCCCCCAUACACUGCCCCCCAUUACACACACUGCCCCAUUACACACACACUGCCCCACAUACACUGUCCCCAUACACACACUGUCCCCAUACACACACUGCCCCACAUACACACACUGUCCCCAUACACACACUGCCCCCAUAUACACACUGUCCCCAUACACACACUGUCCCCAUACACACACUGCCCCACAUACACACACUGCCCCACAAACACUGUCCCCAUACACACACUGCCCCACAAACACUGUCCCCAUACACACAUUGCCCCCCAUACACACACUGCCCCACAAACACUGUCCCCAUACACACAUUGCUCCCCAUACACACACUGCCCCACAAACACUGUCCCCAUACACAAACACUGUCCCCAUACACACACACUGCCCCCAUACACACACUGUCCCCAUACACACACUGCCCCCAUACACACACACUGCCCCACAAACACUGUCCCCAUACACACACUGCCCCCAUACACACACACUGCCCUCGAAACACUGUCCCCAUACACACACUGCCCCCCAUACACACACUGUCCCACAGGAAUCCUGGCACUACUGACACCAUAACUACUACACUGAGCUGUAGUGGUUAUUGUGCCUGUAUUAUUUAUUUAAAUAAUCUACAAGUGCCCCUCCUGAGAUCAGGCUCUGGAUCCGCCACUGGUUGCAACUCCCUAAGCCUGUCCGGGCAUUUUUCAUUUACCAAACUUGCUGGCGCAGGAAACCCACAGCUGUGACAAAAUUAAAAACAAAGAAAACACAACACAAAACAACAAUUCCAGAACAGAACCAUUGGGGAAGGUGUGUGGGGAAAGACACUGCCAGGCUCACUCAGCAUUGUUCACCAGUAGUGAUGUCCCGAACGGUUCGCCGCGGACGGCGAACAUAUGACCCUGUACCUCACAGUCAGCAGACACAUUCCAGCCAAUCAGUAGCAGACCCUCCCUCCCAGACCCUCCCACUUCCUGGACAGCAUCCAUUUUGAAGCUGCAUUCUUAGUGAGCUGUCCAGGAGGUGGGAAGAAUCCUAUGGAAAGUGUGCUACUGAUUAGCUGGAGAUAUCUACUGACUUUAAUGAAUACAGUCUAUGUUAAGCAGAAUCUGUGUGUUCGUUCGAAGGCUAUCCUGUCUCAAUAGUCUGGUAAUUUUCCCAGAAUUCUCUGCUUUCAACUGUAAAACCAAGUGUAUCCUUUUGGUUGCUAUGCCAACCCCUCAGGGCAGCAGUCAUGCCCCCCUCCCUAUUCGCUCUGGGAGUUGGCCUUACUGCAAGUACACCCUUCAGAGAGAAAUGUUAAAUUCAGAGGCUGAGCAGCAGACAGGUGCUGCUAAUCAAAUGGCCUUGAUUAAAGCAAAGACAGUGAGGGCAUUAUUGAUCAUUAGCAAGUGUGACCACCUCUAAAUAAGCUGAAGUUUUAGCAGUUUGCUGGUCUGGAGCAUUCAGGUGUAUUUAACACAAUGCCAAGGAGGAAAGACAGCAUCAAUGAUCUUAGAUAAGCAAUUGUUGCUGCCCAUCAAACUGUGAAUGGUUACAAGGCCAUUUCCAAACAAUUGAAAGUCCAUCAUUCUACAUUGAGAGAGAUUAUGCAAAAGUGGAAAACAUUCAAGACAGUUGCCAAUCUUCCCAGGAGUGGACGUCCCAGCAAAUUUACCCCAAAGUCAGACCAUGCCAUGCUCACAGAAAUUGCAAAAAAAGAGUUACAUACCAGACUCUACAGGCCUCAGUUAGUAUGUCAAAUGUUAAAGUUCAUGACAGAGAAUUAGAAAAAGACUGAACUAAUAUUGUUUGUUUGGAAGGUUUGCUCGGAAAAAAAGUCCUUUCUCUCUAAAAAGAGCAUGGCAGCAUGACAUUGGUUUGCAAAGUUACAUCUAAACAAACCGCAAGACUUCUGGAACACUGUUCUUUGAACAGACAAGACCAAACUACCACUUUGACAAAAACUAAACACAGCAUAUCAGCACAAAAACCUCAUACCAUCUGUCAAGCAUGGUGGUGGGAGUGGUGAGGAUUUGGGCUUGUUUUUAGCCACAGCACCUGGGAGCCUUACAGUCAUUGAGUCAACCAUGAUCUUCUCUGUAUACAACAGUUUUCUAGAGUCAAAUAUUCGACAGCUUAAGCUUGGUUAAAAUUGGGUUAUGCAACAGGAUAAUGAUCCCAAGCACAACAGCAAAUCUACAACAGAAUGGCUGGAAAAAGAAAAGAAUCAAGGUGUUGCAAUGGCCCGGCCAAAGUCCAGCCUUCAACCCGAUUGAAAUGCUGUGUUGGGACCUUAAGAGAGCUGUGCAGAAACAAAUGCAAAACCUCAAUGAACUGAAGCAACAUUAUAAAGAAGAGUGGGCUAAAAUUCCUCCACAACGAUGUGAGAGACUGAUAAAGUCGUACAGAAAAUAAUUACAUCAAGUUAUUCUUGGUAAAGGUGGUUCUACAAGCUAUUGAAUCACAAGGUGUAUUUAGUUUUUCAUACAUGGUUUCUCCAUUUUGGAUUUAUUUUUGUUAAAUAAAUCAUGACACAGUGUAAGGGCAUUCCGAUGAGUAAGGACAUAUUGUCGGAAACUUGUUAUAGCUCCCUUCUAAUAAAGUUUGUAUAUGUCCUUUUAUAGCAGUGAUGGCGAAUAAUUUUGAACCCGAGUGCCCAAACAGCAAUACAUGGCAACUUUUUUUCCCUCAAAGUGCCAACACGGCAAUUAAACCUGAAUACCGAGGUUUAAGUUAAGAAAAAACAACUCGUACAGUUGUCCGAACUAAUUAACAUCUUUUGUUUUAAAAGAAGAAUACAACACGGAGUUCAAUGAUGCAAAUUUUAAAUAAUGAUAUAAAUAGAUAAAAUGAAGCUUAUAUUUAUUAGUAUCUCCAACAAAUGCAAUGCAUACACACAGACUGCUGAACACAUUCACACACCGACUGCUUAAUACAUACACACACCGACACACAGACAGACUGCUAAAUACAUACACACAGUCCGCUAAAUACACACACAGUCUGCUAAAUACACACACACAGUCUGCUGAAUACACACACACACACUGCUAAAUACAUACACUGCUGAAUACACACACACUGCUGAAUACAAAUAAACACACACACAGACUGCUGAGUACACACAGACUGCUGAAUACAUACACACAGUCUGCUGAACACACACACACUGCUGAAUACAUAAAGACUGCUGAAUACACACACACAUAUACUGCAUUGUGUGGAGUGCUGUGUGUGAGGGGUGUGUGUGCGGUUCUGUGCUGUGUGUCUGUGAGGUGAGUUGUUUGUGGGGGAGGUGUGCUGUCUGUGUGUGGGGGGAAGGGGUUCUGUGUGGGGGGAGUAGGGGUGCUGUGUGGGGGAUGGGAAGUGCUGUAAUGAGGGGGAGCAAAGUGCUAGCAUAUUGAUUGAGAGGCCUGAGGGUGCUAUUAGGUGGGGUAAUUAUUAACAAUAUUAGAGAGGUGCUGUGUAGGGGUGCUGUGUGUGGGGAAAGAAUGCUAAUGAUGAGGGAAGUAGGGAGGUGCUAUGUGAGGUAGAGGUGUGGAUGCUGUGUGUUGGGGGGAAUGAGAUGAGGGUACUGUGUGUGGAGAAUAGGGAGGUGCUGCAAUGUGAGGAAGGUAGAAGAUAACUGUGUGUGUAGGGGAAAGGUGCUGUGUAUUAUUGGAGGAAGUAGGGGUGCAAUGAUAUUAGUGCUGUGUGUGGGGGGUAGGAGUGCUGUGUGUGGGGAGUAGUGUGCUGUGUGUGGGGGAUAGGGGCGUUGUGUGUGGGGGGUAGCGUGCUGUGUGAGUGGGGGUAUGGGUGCUCUGUGUGUGGGGGUAGGGAUGCUGUGUGUGUGAGGGGUAGGGGUGCUGUGGCGGUAGGGGUGCUGUGUGGCAACGCUCCACACAGAUUGCUCGCAGGGGGACAGGAGAGCUGCUUCCAAGAUCCCUCCUCCCGACAAGAAAGUAAAGUAGGCGCCUGCCGUUUUGGGCAGGCAGGUGCCUACUCUGCAUUGAUGGCAAACCUAUGGCCGCAUGUCCACAGAGAGGGCCCGGCAUGCCACCUGUGGCCCGCGUGCCAUAGGCUCGCCAUCACUGUUAUACAGGGAGUGCAGAAUUAUUAGGCAAAUGAGUAUUUUGACCACAUCAUCCUCUUUAUGCAUGUUGUCUUACUCCAAGCUGUAUAGGCUCGAAAGCCUACUACCAAUUAAGCAUAUUAGGUGAUGUGCAUCUCUGUAAUGAGAAGGGGGUGUGGUCUAAUGACAUCAACACCCUAUAUCAGGUGUGCAUAAUUAUUAGGCAGCUUCCUUUCCUUUGGCAAAAUGGGUCAAAAGAAGGACUUGACAGGCUCAGAAAAGUCAAAAAUAGUGAGAUAUCUUGCAGAGGGAUGCAGCACUCUUAAAAUUGCAAAGCUUCUGAAGCGUGAUCAUCGAACAAUCAAGCGUUUCAUUUAAAAUAGUCAACAGGGUCGCAAGAAGCAUGUGGAAAAACCAAGGCGCAAAAUAACUGCCCAUGAACUGAGAAAAGUCAAGCGUGCAGCUGCCACGAUGCCACCAGUUUGGCCAUAUUUCAGAGCUGCAACAUCACUGGAGUGCCCAAAAGCACAAGGUGUGCAAUACUCAGAGACAUGGCCAAGGUAAGAAAGGCUGAAAGACGACCACCACUGAACAAGACACACAAGCUGAAACGUCAAGACUGGGCCAAGAAAUAUCUCAAGACUGAUUUUUUCUAAGGUUUUAUGGACUGAUUAAAUGAGAGUGAGUCUUGAUGGGCCAGAUGGAUGGGCCCGUGGCUGGAUUGGUAAAGGGCAGAGAGCUCCAGUCCGACUCAGACGCCAGCAAGGUGGAGGUGGAGUACUGGUUUGGGCUGUUAUCAUCAAAGAUGAGCUUGUGGGGCCUUUUAGGGUUGAGGAUGGAGUCAAGCUCAACUCCCAGUCCUACUGCCAGUUCCUGGAAGACACCUUCUUCAAGCAGUGGUACAGGAAGAAGUCUGCAUCCUUCAAGAAAAACAUGAUUUUCAUGCAGGACAAUGCUCCAUCACACGCGUCCAAGUACUCCACGGCGUGGCUGGCAAGAAAGGGUAUAAAAGAAGAAAAUCUAAUGACAUGGCCUCCUUAUUCACCUGAUCUGAACCCCAUUGAGAACCUGUGGUCCAUCAUCAAAUGUGAGAUUUACAAGGAGGGAAAACAGUACACCUCUCUGAACAGUGUCUGGGAGGCUGUGGUUGCUGCUGCACGCAAUGUUGAUGGUGAACAGAUCAAAACACUGACAGAAUCCAUGGAUGGCAGGCUUUUGAGUGUCCUUGCAAAGAAAGGUGGCUAUAUUGGUCACUGAUUUGUUUUUGUUUUGUUUUUGAAUGUCAGAAAUGUAUAUUUGUGAAUGUUGAGAUGUUAUAUUGGUUUCACUGGUAAUAAUAAAUAAUUGAAAUGGGUAUAUAUUUGUUUUUUGUUAAGUUGCCUAAUAAUUAUGCACAGUAAUAGUCACCUGCACACACAGAUAUCCCCCUAACAUAGCUAAAACUAAAAAACAAACUAAAAACUACUUCCAAAAAUAUUCAGCUUUGAUAUUAAUGAGUUUUUUGGGUUCAUUGAGAACAUGGUUGUUGUUCAAUAAUAAAAUUAAUCCUCAAAAAUACAACUUGCCUAAUAAUUCUGCACUCCCUGUACAUGACAAUACCUUAUUGACAUUGCAUAUUGUUGCCUAGUUUUCUGUCUAUAACAAUUCCCAAAUCCUUCUCGUGUGUUUAUUCCUAAUUCACUACCAUUUAAGGUGUAAGUUGCUUCUGCAUCCUUUCCCCCAAAGUGCAUAGCUUUGCAUUUAUCCACACAUAAUUCCAUAAUAUCCUGCUCACAUUGUAUUACUUUGCAGAGUUUCAUGUCAUCUGCAAACACUGAAACAUGGCUUUCAAUGCAUGUUUCAAGAUCAUUAGAACCCUGGGAGACACCACUUACCACUUUUGUCCAACUAGAACAUUUACCAUUAAUAACAACUCUGUACUCCAGGCCCCGGAGCUUUAUUUACAUCAACUUUUUUUAGCUGCUGUAGCACCUUGUCUUGAGUCAUCAAAAAAAUAUUCUGAGCCCCCCAUGUCAUCCCCCUUCAUCCAUGUAUAGUGUGUGUGUAGAGGGGUGUAGUGUUUGUAUAGGGCAUUUAUUAAAUUAAUAAUGAUUUAAAAACAUUUUAAAAACAAAUAUCCAUUCCUCCUUUCCUAUUGUUACCUUGUUCAGAGAGGGGCAUGCUGAUCUCUGGUGUUCCAGUGUGCUGGGAAUCUGGUAUGCCCCUCCACCAGGUGCAGACCAUGCGUAACUGUCUCAUAAGCUCAGGCACUUGCAGUGUCAGAGCUCUCCUGUUGUAAUCCAUGCAGAGCAGGAAGAUGUCCAGUGUCAGUUACCGGACCAAAAGUCAGUUAGGAUCCAGGAAGCGCCUCUAGUGGCUGUCUGGUAGACAGUCACUGGACGCAGACUUAGUGCUGCAAUGUAAAUAUUGCAGUUUCUCUGGAACUGCAAUGUUUUACAUUGCAGCACUAAGUGCAAUAGGGACACCGUGCACCAAGACCACUUCAAUGAGAUGAAGUGGUCUGGGUGCCUUUAGUGUCCUUUUAAUGGAUAUAUUCUGUUUCCUGUGUGUCUUAUCUUACCCCACAGUCACUUGCAAACACAUACAUUUCACCAUGCUGGUAGCCUGGUUAGCCCUUGUACAAGUUCCUGAGAAAUAUUCCGGUGGGCAUGUAGAGUAUUGAGAUUGUGGACCACUUUGUGGUUUGGUCAAGGCUUACUGCUGCAGCUCCAUCCAAGAAGCAUAGUAUAUGUAUUUCUUUUUCUUUUUUUUUGACAAUCUUUAUUUUCAGAAAAUUGUCAACAUUGUUUUCUUUCUAUCUUUGCAUAUGUUUUUAAUGUGUUGGCUAUAUAAUAAAGUAUUUUAAAACAUGUGCUCCUUUCCAGUCAGGAGUGUCUAGUUUACUUCAAAGACUCCAAGGGAAGCAACAAGUGGAACAUAGAUUACAGAAUCGCAAUCACCAGCUUGUUCUAGUUUAUGGUGUUUACCUUAUUCAUAGGAAUGAUUUUUAGUUAAUUAUUUAAUGUUUUCAACUCCUUCACCACUGGUGGUUUGAGUAACACUUUCCACGAAUUGUACGUGAUAAAUCUGUUUCUUUUGAAUGUUUCUUGGCAGGAAAGGCUGCCAAGGAAUAAAUUGUGGGUAGGAUUAAUGUUCUUUAAUAGAACAUUGACAACCUCAAAUUGCAGGGAUUUUAUCAGAAAGUCAGCAUUGGAACUACCGCACGCUGGGAGGGGGGCAUGCACUUAGGGGUACUAAAUGUAUAUACAAACACCAACACCACACACAAAAGCACACCUGAAAUUAAAAGCCAGUACUUCAUACAAACACACCCCUGCAUUCUAACGCAAACCCUACACACUGCACAGUAUACAUCACUGCAUUCCAAUGGCAACAGUAUAUGCAAACACACCCUUCAUGCACACACAUACUCUAUAUACAAACAUACUUACAUUCAAAUGCACAAACACUGAUCACAAAUACAACCCUGCAAUGAAGGGUAAAUAGUAGACCCCAGCUGUCAUAGCACAUAGGAAUUGUGCGACAGAAUGGGAUCUACCUUUGUAGAUGAAUGGGAUCCACCCUUGUGCUAGAGGAAGGCCCAAAACAUUUCCACCAGGGCCCUCCCUACAUUAGCUCUGCUACUGUGCAGAGUUCUCCUGCUCAAUGGUAACUUGACAGUGUAGCGGAGCUCCCUGUACCCUGGCUGGGUACUUCUGCCCAGGUUCACUUCCUAACUGGAACAAGGGAAAACUGACGCUCUUCUGCCCCAGUCACCGUGUCUUGACUGGGGUCCUUUUGGAGCUUUUACACCUGACCAGCUUGCAAUGUGAUUUCUAUUGCCUUAACAAAGGCACUUGCGGCGCUCAGGCCCAGCUCUCUUGAUUUAUCCCAGGGCUAGAGGGAUCAUGCAGCAAGCCAACGGGUACGACAACUCUGUGGCUGGGAUGUCUAAAAAUCCACACAGGACACAGUUCCAAAUGGAACUAACAUACAAAGCUUUGUUUUGUUUUUUUUCUUGGGACUGGCCCAAAUGCUCCUUACAUGUAACUUUUGGUGACAAUUAAAAAAAAAUACAGUAAUCAAAACAUAUCAGAAAACAUACAGGGAAUUAUAAUAACAAAAUAACAUAUCUACAAUAAGGUGGAGAAGUCAAUAAUCAACACAAAAUAUCUCUCCUGUCUGCAGAAUUAGCAAUAUGCAAAUCUACUUGAAUAUGCAAAUUAACCAGCCUUGCUAUUCAGGAAGUGCAUAUUGCUGUUGCUACCAACAGAGGGAGCUUUACAGGCUCCAUUGCCAAAUCCACUAGUUGGUAACAAACAUUAGCAGGACAGGAGAGCACACAAAACAAUUAACAAUAUACAAUUAACAAUAUAAACACAUUUUAAACACCCUGCAUCAGGGGCGGACUGAGAACCCUCAGGGCCCCCGGGCAAAAUAAAUCAAGGGCCCCCUUACAGGCCCCACCCAUACUCUGCAGCAAGCGCCACCCUUGUCCAGGCCUCCAUGCACCGCCUCCAGCCACACCCUACACAAUCUUUAGACACAAGGAACAAAAGGGCAAUAAGCCCUUCGAGGCCCCAGUAGAGACUACAAUUGAGGGCUAAUGGGCCAUGGAGGGGGGUCUUUCUAGCGGAGGCUAUCUCAGUGUCCUUUAGAGAGUGUGUUAGAUAGAAUCCCCUCCAAGCCCCAUUAGAGACUACAAUGGAGUCUAAAAGGCUUGGAAGGGGUCUUUCUAACAGAGGCCAUCUCAGCGUCCAUUAGAUAUCCCUUGCUGGAAACAGUCGCCUCCAGGCCCCAGUAGAAACUACAAUUGAGGGCUAAUGGGCCAUGGAGGGGAUUUCUAGCAGAGGCUAGAGUCUAAUGGGGCCUGGAGGGUGGUCUCUCCAACACUCUGGUUCCUAUUCACAAUAUAGCAACACAACAUAGCUCGCUGAUACCUAAGCCAAGUUGGCUCCUCUUACCUUAAUUACUGUUGCUGGCUGGCAGUCUGUGGGCUUGCUGGCUGCGGCUGGCAGGCUGUGGGCUUGCUGGCUACUGCUGGCAGGCUGUGGGCUUGCUGACUGCGGCUGGCAGGCUAUGGCUUGCUGGCUGUAAGCUGUGGCUUGCUGGCUGUAAGCCUGUGGCUUGCUGUAGGCCUGUGGGCUGGCUACUGGCCUGUGGGCUGGCUAACUGGCUGGCUACUGGCCAGCCUGUGGGUUGGCUGGCUGGCUACUGGGGCACUUGUAGAUUAUUUAAAGAAAUAAUCCAUGCACAAUAACCACUACUGCUCCAGAGUAAGUAGUCAAACCAUUUAAGAACAGUUUGACAACUUACCUGGGAUCUGCUGGGAUAUGAGGCUGUAGUAGGGAAUAGGAGCAGUGGUGCAAUGUGUGUGAAAGGUUCAGUGUGUGUGUGGGGGUGUAGUGUGUGAAUGUGUAGGGUGUGUGGGCAGUGUAUGUGUGUGGCAAUGUUAGUAUGGGGGGCUGUGUAUGGGGGUCUGUGUGUAUAUGGGUGGGCAGUGUAUGUGUGUGUGUGAGGCAAUGUGUGUAAAUGUGUAUGGUGUGUAUGGGGGCAGUGUGUGAAUGUGUAUGGUGUGUGUGUGUGGGGGCAGUGUGUUUAUGGGGCUAGAGUUCACUCUCACCACUGCGACCACCAGGAAUCCAUGGGGGUUACAGUGUUGAGAGUGAACUCUAGCCCGUAGCUCCAGGGCUAGAGUUGACUCUCGCAAGAGCAGUAACGUUGCCAUGGUAACGCCUUUCUUGUCUCUGUGCUCAGAAGGACAGAGGAGCUGCAGGGUGGCUCCCAGGUCUCUCUUCACUCCCCUGCCGCCGCGGUGCCUCGCGGGACAGGGAGGCUUGUCUUCCCUCUCUGUCUCCCCCCUCCCCAUCUCUCUAUUCCCCUGUGUCUCAUUCUUCCCUCUCUGUCUCUUUCUCCCCCUCCCCAUCUCUCUAUUCCCCCUCUUUCUCCCCGUGUCUCAUUCUUCCCUCUCUGUCUCUUUCUCCCCUUGUGUCUCAUUCUUCCCUCUCUUUCUCCCCGUGUCUCAUUCUUCCCUCUCUGUCUCUUUCUCCCCUUGUGUCUCAUUCUUCCCUCUCUUUCUCCCCAUCUCUUUAUUGCCCCCCCUUUCUCCCCCUCCCCAUCUCUAUGUCCCCCCCCCCCUCCCAUCUCUCUAUUCCCCCUCUUUCUCCCCCCCCUCAUCUGUUCCCCCCUUUCUCCCCCUCCCCAUCUCUCUAUUGCCCAUCUUUCUCCCCCUCCCCAUCUCUCUAUUGCCCCAUCUUUCUCCCCCUCCCAUCUCUCUGUUCCCCCUCUUUCUCCCCCCUCCCAUCUCCCCCUCUCCUCCCCCCCCUCCAUCUCUCCCCCCUCCCAUCUCUCUGUUCCCCCUCUUUCUCCCCUCCCCAUAUAUCUGUCCCCUCUUUCUCCCCUCCCAUAUCUGUUCCCCCCCUCUUUCUCACCCUCUCCAUCUCUCCCCCCUGUUUCUCCUCUCCAUCUCUCCCCUGUUUCUCCCCCUCUUUCUCCCUCUCCCCAUCUCUCCCCUCUUUCUCCCCCUCCCCAUCUCUCCCCCUCUUUCUCCCCAUCUCCCCCCUCUUUCUCCCCCCUCCCCAUCUCUCCCCCCUCUUACUAAAGUCAGAGGGGGCCGGCUGUUUGAUGCUGGAGCCGCCGGUCCGGCGGCAUUCCUCUCAAUAACACUGAAGAAGAAGGAGGAGGAGGAGCAUGUGUCUGUCAUGCUCCUUUGCGGUUCCCACAUCCUGUGCUGGGAAUUGUGGGAACCGCAGGGAGCAUGACAGACACAUGCUCCUCCUCCUCCCCCUUCAGUGUUAUUGAGAGGAAUGCCGCCGGACCGGCGAGGCUGCCACCCGGUCCGGCGGGUGCAGCAUCAAACGUCCGGCCCCCUCACAGUGUGCCACCGGACCGGCCACCCGGUGGCACCUGCAGUCCCCAAAUGCCGCCCACAAUCUAGCCCUGCCGCCGGGCCCCCUGAAGGCGGCCCUGGCGGCGGGCCCCCCUCCCGGCCGGGCCCUCGGACCGUGUCCGAAGUGCCCGACCGGUCAGUCCGCCCCUGCCCUGCAUAUAUAAUUGGUACAGAGUGGCUUAGACAUAGGAACAAUUUAGGAACCUUUGUAAAGUGUCCUUCUGUUCCCAGUGAUUGUGACUACCGUCACAAACAGAGCUUGACAGCAGUCUAGAUACUGCAUAGUUGCUGUUUGUCACGAUAUAUGUUGUUUUGACUUGUCACUUUAUUAGUCAUUUCCUACCACAACAUGAUAAGUUUAUUACAAACACUAUCUUGAAUUUGGACAAAUACUAAUAGGGAUUUUUUGGCUAAAUUGGUUAUAGUGGAGGAAUGAAGGGGAAAAAACGAAAAUUAUUUGUGUUAUUCUGGGGUUCAACUUAUGACAUCUGCUUUUAUUUUUUUUAAAGAAUUCACUAAACAGUAAACAUUAGUAAUUGCAUCUGAUAAAUUAACAAAUAAACUAAAUUAAUCUAAAAUUAGCAGUUCAGUUUUCAAUUCACCUGAUUUCACUGUUUGGUAAAUAAAAACUUAAAUGUACACUUGAUAAAACAAAAUUCAGCUAAAUCAGUCUCAAAUCGAAAUAUUUUCAAAUUAUCCCCAAAUCAGAGAGAAUAACCAGAUUUUUUUUGUUGUUGCAGAGUUCACAAUCUCCAAUACCUCUACCCAAAAAUCCAGUUCCCCAUUGCUUGAUCCAUUUUUAGGGAACCGAGGACUUACAUCCCUCUAGAGCAGUGGUUCCCAACCUUUUUUCACUUAAGUACCCUUUGGCAGUCCAUUUCCAUAAAUUGUACUCCUCCUAUUAACAAAAUGUUUGUAACUAAUAUAGUUGCAUUUAUUUCAAAUUGAUACUUUUUAUCUGUCCCAUCUCCCCCUUUUUUCCUCCACCCCAGGCUUUCCGUGCUUGAUCAUGGUUAAAAUCAAUUGCUUCUUUGUUCACAUACCCAAACUUCCAGGCUUGAUGAAGGGUACAACAGGAAUGUUUUAAUAUGACCAGAUGGCCCAAUUUUUUACACAGACCCCCAGCAUAGGGUCUCCACCAAAAACAUAGUAAAACACGCCCAGGAGUCUCUGUGUCUGGGAGAUAACUGAGUGUACUUUGCUUAAACUGAUUAUCUCCCAGGCACUAGAAGUGGAGAAAAUAAAACAUAAAAUACCCCAAAAUACAUAUAACACACAUAGGAACCCCCACAAGUCUUAUAUCCAUAGAUAGUCUGGAUCUCAGCGCCCAUAAAAUCCAAAUAGUGCUCAGAUCCCACGGUCGGUCACUUUUGAGAGUUCCAAAAUAAACAAAAAGACGAACAGUUCCCCUGGCUCAUAGGUAGCGAUUGUUCGCCUGGUUCAUGCUAACAAUCUUACCGAACAGCGCUCUCCUGGCUUGUCGUGAAAUAAAGCAGGCGUUCAUACCAAAUUACCGGUGUUCGCGGGGUCGAGUGUCUGAUUUAGAGUUCCAGACACUCAACGACCAAGUACAGCACGUGUUGUUCAGUUAUACGAACGGCGGCCGCACAGAGAGAGCACUUAAGUUUGUGGGGGGUGGUCGGUGUUCGGUAGGAAAAUCUACAGAAUGCAGGGAAAAUAACUGGGCCAAGGAAAUACUGGGUUUGUCACAUUGCUCCCCCCCAGUCCCAUGGUGCGGCAUACCAUGGCUUGGGGAUGUCCAGGGGGAUAAAUUAAGGAUCCAAUUCCGUUUGCCCUGAUAAUCCAUCUGCAUUGCCGUUCUGUUUGCUUGGCCUGUACUGCAUGGUAAAAUUGUAGGGUUGUAGAGCCAAGCUCUAACGCAGAAGGCGGGGACUAUCUCUGUUCAACCAGAUGAGGGGGUUGUGGUCUGUCAUUAAAGGGAAGGGACGACCAUAAAGAUAGGGCUGCAGCUUCUUUAAUGCCCAUACAAUAGCCAAGCAUUCUUUUUCCACGGUGGCAUAGCUGACUUCUCAUGGUAAAAGUGUUCUGCUGAGAUAUGCCACCGGGUGCUCCAUUCCAUUCCCUCUCCCCUCCCACUUGGCUUAGCACGGCUCCCAGCCCAAACAUGGAGGCAUCUGUGUGGAUAAGAAAUUUCUUAGUAUGGUUUGGCACUGCUUUCAGAUCCUGGAAGGGGACCUCGCACUCCGGUUGACCAUACUACCUGUCUGAGGAGGGACUUUUUGAUCAGGUCAGUGAGGGGCUUGGUGAGGGCACUAUACUCGGGAACAAAAUUGCAGUAGUAUCCCGCGGUCCCUAGAAUCGCUAGUACCUGAGUUUUUGUACGGGGUUGGGGCUAGUUGGCAAUAGCCUCUACUUUGGUGAGUUCGGGUCGCUGCUGGCCUGAACAUAUCCUAUGGCCGAGGUACUGUACCUCGGCCAUACCGAAAUGGCACUUGUCUGGCUUAAAGGUGAGCCCUGCUGCCUGAAUUCGCUCAUGUACUAUAGAUAAGUACCGAAGGUGGUCCUCCCAUGUGCGGUUGUAGAUGGCUAUGUCAUCUAAAUAUGCAGAAGCCAAGUCCUUAAAAAAUCCCUCCAAGAGCCUGUCGGCCAUCCACUGAAAGGUAGCUGGGCAAUUUUUUAUCCCAAAAGGCAUAACCUUAAACUUGUGUAGCCCGAACGGGGUGAUAAAUGCCGACUUAGGGAUGGCCAUUGGCUCCAGGGGGAUUUGCCAAUAUCCUUUAAACAGAUCUAUGGUAGUUAAGUAAUUCCCCCCCGGCCAUACGAUCUGGCAGCUCGUCUAUCCGGGGCAUGGGGUAGGCAUCCAUGACUGUCCUGUCAUUAUGUUUACGGUAGUCAAUACGGAAGUGAGUCGUAUCGUCUCGCUUAGGUACCAGCACUACCGGAGAAGCCCAGCAUGUUCUCCCUAACUGCUUCAGGGAUACGGUAACACUGCUGCCAUAGUAGGGUUUCUCCCUGGGUCUCUACUCGGUGGACCGCAGUGGAGGUGUACCCAGGUAGGGCAGAGAACAUUUUCCGGUAUCCCUGGACCAGCUGGGUGGCCUCAGCCCUUUCUAGUGUGCUUAGUUUUUCCCCUAGGCUGACCUGCUCUAUGCUACCCGGAGACAGUGCGAGCAGGUCAGGUAAGGGAAGUUUCUCUGUCUAGGUCUUCUAGAGCACAUUGCCUUUCAAAGUCUUGUAAAUAGGCAUCUAUGUCCAUCUCCCCAUCUACAAAGUUUUUAAAUGCAGCGUAGUUUACCUUUUUUCCCUGCCCUCCAUUACUGGAUUACUGUAGCAAUGCUGUAUCUCCUUGAUACAUAUCCAUUCUGGACUGCCAUGCUGUCUGUGUUGCUGUAACCUGUUCCAUUAGCUGGACGAUCAGCUCCUGUGAAGGAUUUGGUCCCAGCAUGCUGACCCGCCAUCUCACAUCUCUCUGGAACUCGGCACUUCUCUACCUAUUGUUGCUGUAUUGCUGGCUUGGUUGCCCUCCAUCAGUUUGGCUAUGAUUGCUGAUUUAUUUUUGUUGCUCGCCGACCAACCCCGAGCUUCCAGCAGAUCUUUCAGUGUUGUUUCAGCCUGCUAGAGGCUUAAGUGAUUAUAGCAUGUUCGCAUAGCAUGCUAGUUCAUACUCUCCCGAAAUCCCAGUAGAUUGUGGUUAAAAUCAAGCGCUUCUUCGUUCACACACCCAAACAUCAGUCGAGACUAGACCAGAUGGCCCACUUUUAUACACAGACUUUUAUACGCAUGGGGUCUCCAGCAAAAACAUAGCAAAACACGCCCAGGAGUCUCUGUGUCUGGAAGAUAAUUGAGUGUACUUUGCUUAAAGGACCACUAUAGUGCCAAGAAAACAUACUCGUUUUCCUGGCACUAUAGUGCCCUGAGGGUGCCCCCACCCUCAGGGUCCCCCUCCCGCCGGGCUCUGGAAGGGGGAAAGGGGUAAAAACUUACCUCUCCUCCUCCUCUCCGCCUCCGAUCCGCCCCGCCGGCUGAAUGCGCACGCGCGGCAAGAGCUGCGCGCGCAUUCAGCCGGUCUCAUAGGAAAGCAUUUACAAUGCUUUUCUAUGGACGCUGGCGUGCUCUCACUGUGAAAAUCACAGUGAGAAGCACGCAAGCGCCUCUAGUGGCUGUCAAUGAGACAGCCACUAGAGGAUUAGGGGGAAGGCUUAACCCAUUCAUGAAACUGCUAUAAUUAUGAAAAAAUGGGUUAACCCUAGAAGGACCUGGCACCCAGACCACUUCAUUAAGCUGAAGUGGUCUGGGUGCCUAGAGUGGUCCUUUAACUAAUUAGGCACUAGAGGUACAGAAAAUAAAACAUAGAAUACCCCAAAAUACAUAAAACACACAUAGGAACCCCCACAAGUCUCCCCGGAUAGCCUGGAUCUGAGCGCCCAACAUAUCCAAAUGGCGCUCAGAUCCCACGAACACAGACGAAUUGCCACCGGAGUAAAGUUUUAACUAUCGCACACGUGGUGUCUGCCCAAAAUAGUUCCAGAGAAAAAGUGGUAGCGGUCGGUCACUUUCAGGAUUUCCAAAACGAACAACAAGACAAACGGUUCCCCUGGCUCAUAGGUAGCGCUGCCUGUUUUCGAGGAACAAUAUGACCCCCAUUUUCCAGUGCACAUGUUGUUCGGUUAUACAACCGGCAGAGAGAGCACGUAAGUUUGUGGUUUUCUUUGAAGUUCGGUAGAAUAAUCUUCCGAAUGCAGGGAAAAUAACUGGGCCAAGGAAAUACUGGGUUUUGUCACAUAUGUUAUAAGCAUCACUCUCAUCCAGUACAGAUUUAGGCGAAGAUAUGCUGUUGGAGCACUUUAUUAUUUUGUACUUAUGUUUGGGUACUGCAUAUUUUGUAAGCAGGGAAUGUGGACACAGCCUACGUAGAGUCUAGCAGAUAACCAUACAAAUACAAGGAUAGUGGAAACUCCCUCUGUAAUAAAUGUCUGUAUUAUAUUUUUGACUCUUUCUGUAUUAGGAUCAUUUGUGUUUGCAUAACAAUAUUUUUGCCACUUGCCAAAAAUUAUCUUGCUAUUCAGCCAGCCAUUCAAACUUAUAAAACCCCACCUUUGCUCUUCCUUCCCAUUCAUACAUCAAGAUAGGAGUAACCUUUUCCGAUGCUGGAUAUACCACAAGCAAAGUAAUAUACAUAAAAAAUCCCAUCUUUUCCCUUUCUAAUUAUGCACACAUCAACAGAAACUUAACCAUUCCAGAUGCAGUGUACAUCUCAAGUGAAAUCCCUGGACAAACAAAGCAUUACAGUAUCCUAUUUAUUUUCACAAUUUGUAGGGAUCAUCAUCGCUAGGUAAAUUACACUCCAUUCACGUUAUUUUUGUAUAGCUUAUUAUAAACAGAAAUGUCACAUUGCUAUUUGUUCUUCUCAUGACACCAGGACCAUGAGUGACAUACCUGUGUAAAAUGCAUAAGGCACCAUUUGAUCAUUUAUUUCAUUAUAGUAAAAGGAAUAUGUAACUUUAAUAAGAGGGAUUACGCUGAAAGCUAACUAAAUAGUCUGUUCUAACUAAUCACACUGCCCUGAUGUAUUUAUCAAGCAGUGAAUUUCAGUAUGUAUUUUUGACUAUGCUAAUUAUGGUAAGGUUAAAAAAAACAUGUUAUUUUACCUUAUAGGAAAAUGUUAUAUUGGACACCCCAUGUCAAUCACACACUGACACCCUAAACACAUCUCAUACCAUCAUUUCUGAUGCAACAUUAUGCUUUUCUUAUUUGACACAAGCAUCUCUUUAACUAAACAAUGUUUUGCAGCAUCUUGAUAACAUGUAUCUACAGUCAAGGCCAGAUUAAGAGCCCAGUGGGCCUGGUGCUGACAAUUAUCAUGGGCCUAAUUACAGAAUCUUAUCGACCAAAAACACUAAAACAGUCAUACCUACCAAUCGUCAUGUAUCUGGCGGAAGUGGUGCUGAAGGGAAACUGGAUGCAGCUAUGAGAAAACAAACACUCUAUGCUAAUCUCUCUCUAAUUUAUGCUUUCUUCUUUCAAGUAAAUCCAUAUCCCCUAACAGUAGUGUCCAGUGAAGCAGGCAGUCAAUGGGCGGGGUAAAAGGGUGGGCCACUGAUGCAAAUCAUGUAAUGCGAACAUGCCUUAAAAAGGGGGAGUGUCUGCCUAAAGAAUUGGAAGGCCAGCCUGGCAUGAAUGCAUGUCAGGCUGCCUACCAAUCAAGCAAGCUGGCCAACUAAGGGCAUACUAUGCAGACAGCACUCUGAGAUUGGCAUAAAUGCGUCUAAUGAUGAGUUCGCUCCAUGCUUUCUAAGGACUGUCCCCUAGCACUUGCUGGUCCAUUCAUUUCCUAACCUCCUUACGAGCAGGCAGAAGCUCCUGGUAUACAAUCUGGGACAGAGAAAAGAUGUAUGUAGUGAGUGUGUAAGAACGGGAACAUGCCACAGUGUUAGAGAGACUGAAGCAGCAAGAUCAUUUGCAUUGUGCACAAAGUCAGCUUUACCUUAACUUAUUUCAUUGUCAGCCAGUGCACACAAGUUUUGUUCCCAUACAACCCAGGACAUACUUGAAAACGAGAGAAAUCUCAAUGUAUCUUUCCUGGUAAAAUAUUUUAUAAAUAAAAAAUCCCUCUAAAGUCUCCAUACUUAAGCAAGAGUAUGUGAAGGAUAGUUAGUGUUGCCACCUUUCUUGGAAAAAAAUACCGGCCUUUCUAAUUUGCAUAAUUUAUUACGUAUGCUUGUAAAUCACAAGGAGUGACCUGAGAGAUAAUUCUGUAAAAUCACCAAAAAACUACUUACAUUUAUUCUGCUGAAUAAAAGAUGGAUUAUUCCCAGUGUCCUCAUGUCUCCCAGUAUCCUCUAGUGUCUGUGUCCCCUAUGUAUCUCAGUGUCCCAGUGUCCCCUCAUGUCUCAGUGUCUUCUAUGUAUCACAGUGUCCCUAUGUAUCACGAUGCCCCAUUUCUCCCAGUGUCCUCUCGUGUCCCCAUGUUGCCCAGUGUCACUUGGACACUAGGGGACACUUAAGAGACGUGGGGACACUAGGGGACACUGGUAGACAUGCGGACACUGAGACACUAUGGACACUGACUGGAAGAUAUGGAGACACAGAAACUUGGGGAUACAGACGCUAGGGACACAGUGUCUCAGUGUCCCCAUGUCUCCCAGUGUCCCCAAGUGCCUAGUGUCUCACAGCAUCCCCUAGUGUCUCAUUGUCCCCUGAUCUUCCAGUGUCUGUGUUCCCAGGUCCCUCAGUGUCCCCUAGUGUCCCCAUGUCUCCCUGCAGCUGUUACCCCUUCCCUCACUUCCCUGAACUGUAGGCUGUCUCUGCAGGCUGGGAGCUGUUGUCUAGACUCUCUUUGCUGUUGAGCUGCUCCCUCUUGAAUCAGUAAGUAGAGAGAGGCAGGGAUAUGCUGUAACUUCCUAUCCCUGCCUCUCUCCACACACAGUGACCCCUACUGACCAGCGCAGGUAUUGCAGAGUAAUCUCUGUUUAUACAUAGAAAUAUGCCGGCAUUUGUAUUGCCGGUUUUACUGCAAUACUGGCACUGGUCAGGCAUCCUCAAAUACCAUAAAUUACCAGUCAGGUGGCAACCCUAAGAGUAAUGUGUAAAAAAUAAAAAAAAGUUAAAAAAAAAAAAAAAAAAAUAUAUAUAUAUAUAUAUAUAUAUAUAUUUAUUUUCUUUUUAAAUCAGUGGGCCUAUUCCAUGGGCCUGGGCCUGAAGCUGUAGCUCCAUCAGCCCCUAUGUUAAUCCGGCCCAGUCUACAGUACAAAUAAUAUGUGGGUCUUUUUAUUUUUAAAAGUCUACGUUUUAAAUAAACACACUUUCUGCGUCAAAUAAUCAUUGCACCAGAAAAGACAGCUAAGUUAUCCGUGUCCUAAAUAGCUUCCCAUUUACAUUAAUGUUAAAAGAUUGUCAUAUAUCAGAUAGACAUUAAGGACUUGGAGGGAAUAUCUCUAACUCACAAUCAGACUGAGUGAAAACAAUAAUGAGUGAGUUAGUAACUGAGUGAGUGAGCGAGCAAGAGGCACAGAGUACUUACACUAAUACAAUAAUACGAUAUUAAUGUAUGAUUAAACCUUGGAUUGAUCAUAGGAUUGGAAUUUCUGUAUUUGCUAAUUUGCUAAUUUUUCAGAGCAAAUCGACAAAUUAAAUUUGGGGAAACAUAAUUUAGAAUUUAGAAUUUAAAUUGCAGUGGUUGGUAGAUGAUGACGGUAAUUGUAGGUUAUAUAAAGCAAUAAAAUCAAUGCAGGAAGGGAAACAAAAUUAUUUUUUAGGAUAGUUCACUGGCACGUGUAUGUGCAUAAUACCACCACUACUUAUUUUUUGCUCCGUCUUUUAUGAAGCUGAAUGUCUAUGGAUUGUAAGGGCAGUAUCAUCCAUUUUGCGUAAUCAGGUUCUGCAUUAUUCAAUUACCAUCACAUUUUAUUUAGUUUCCAUUUCUAAGUUUAAUGUAAAAUGUAUGGUUGAUUUCAGGAAUGAGAUGUUCACUGUCAUAGCUCCACUGUUCUAGGUUCCAGAGGGAUCUGCGAGAGUGCUUUUCAUCCUUACUCAAACAAUGCAAGGCACUUAAUUUGUAAAAAGCAGAUAAUGGUCAUAUCAAUGCUAGAUAAUUUUGGGCAGGUCCAACUAAAACACAAUGACUUUUACUAAGCAUAGUUUGAUAAGCUGAUUCCUGGGAUAAGAAGAGCCACUACGAAUUACUAUGUCAUAAAAGAGCACAUACAACUUACCGGGAAACUGUACAUGAAAUACACCCUUCUCUAUGUGCUCUACUUCUGUCUGUGUGAAACACAAACAUAUUAGCCACAUGUUGAAUUAUUGUAUUUUACACUGCUCAAAAAAAUAAAGGGAAAACAAAAAUAACACAUCCUAGAUCUGAAUGAAUUAAAUAUUAUUCUGAAAUACUUUGUUCUUUACAUAGCUGAAUGUGCUGACAACAAAAUCACACAAAAAUGUAAAAAUGGAAAUCAAAUUUUUCAACCCUUGGAGGUCUGGAUUUGGAGUCACACUCAAAAUUAAAGUGGAAAAACACACUACAGGCUGAUCCAACUUUGAUGUAAUGUCCUUAAAACAAGUCAAAAUGAGGCUCAAUAGUGUGUGUCGCCUCCACGUGCCUGUACGACCUCCCUACAACGCCUGUGCAUGCUCCUGAGGAGGUGGCGGAUGGUCUCCUGAGGGAUCUCCUCCCAGACCUGGACUAACGCAUCUGCCAACUCCUGGACAGUCUGUGGUGCAACGUGACGUUGGUGGAUGGAGCGAGACAUGAUGUCCCAGAUGUGCUCAAUUGGAUUCAGGUCUGGGGAACGGGCGGGCCAGUCCAUAGCAUCAAUGCCUUCGUCUUGCAGGAACUGCUGACACACUCCAGCCACAUGAGGUCUAAUAUUGUCUUGCAUUAGGAGGAACCCAGGGCCAACCGGGGAACAAGGGGUCUGAGGAUCUCAUCUCGGUACCUAAUGGCAGUUAGGCUACCUCUGGCGAGCACAUGGAGGGCUGUGCGGCCCCCCAAAGAAAUGCCACCCCACACCAUUACUGACCCACUGCCAAACCGGUCAUGCUGGAGGAUGUUGCAAGCAGCAGAAUGUUCUCCAAGGCAUCUCCAGACUCUGUCACGUCUGUCACAUGUGCUCAAUGUGAACCUGCUUUCAUCUGUGAAGAGCACAGGGCGCCAGUGGCGAAUUUGCCAAUCUUGGUGUUCUCAGGCAAAUGCCAAAAGUCCUGCAUGGUGUUGGACUGGUAGCGCCUCCAUGCUCUGGACACUAUGCUGACAGACACAGCAAACCUUCUUGCCACAGCUCGCAUUGAUGUGCCAUCCUGGAUGAGCUGCACUACCUGAGUCACUUGUGUGGGUUGUAGACUCCGCCUCAUGUUACCACUAGAGUGAAAGCACCGCCAGCAUUCAGAAGUGACCAAAACAUCAGCCAGGAAGCAUAGGAACUGAGAAGUGGUCUGUGGUCACCACCUGCAGAACCACUCCUUUAUUGGGGGUGUCUUGUUAAUUGCCUAUAAUUUCCACCUGUUGUCUAUCCCAUUUGCACAACAGCAUGUGAAAUUGAUUGUCACUCAGUGUUGCUUCCUAAGUGGACAGUUUGAUUUCACAGAAGUGUGAUUGACUUGGAGUUACAUUGUGUUGUUUAAGUGUUCCCUUUAUUUUUUUGAGCAGUGGAUAACUAUCUUUAUAACUGAAGGUAUUAAAGAACCUAAGGGUAAUCUGGUUUUUAAAGAUAUUUCUCUUUUUUUCUAAAGACUUUUGAUUUUCGAAGAUCCUCACAUUCGGCGUCAUCAAUGUGUAACAUGAUUAUAUUAAUGUUUAUCUGUGAGAUGCAUUGGAACAACAGAUUGCGGCAAUAGCUUUCCAUGUACCGUAGGUUUAAAUACCUUUUAACUUAAAAAGGAGCUCCCUGAAUAUAAAAAGAGCCCUGCAUUUAAGACCCAAAUAGCCGAAUUUGAAAAAAAAAAUCUCAAAGUCAGCUGUACUUCCAGUUCAGCAUUUGGCCCUGAAAUUUGAAUUCUUAGCAAUUCUAACUCUAAUAAAUAACUCUGUAUGAAAGUGUCUUUAAGAAGGUGUAGCCCUCUAACUCAUAUCACCAGCAGUGUUCCUUCCCAUGCUUGGCAGGAAUAGAAGAAAAAUAAACACUUUCUACAGAUUUCCAACUAAAUUUAAAAAGUGGGUUGCAAUGUUAAUGUUUCAUAACAUUUUCUAUGUAUUUUAGUAUAUUCCUAUAAAAAAGUCCCUUUCUGCUCUUUUUUUCGUGUCUUAUCUUUUUUUUUUUUUUUCUCCUAUUCUAUUAUCUUUCAGGAAUUAUAACAAAUGGACAGUUUGUCAGAAGAGUUGAAGUAUAAAUUAAACCCAUGCCAGUGAAACUGGUGAAGAGCACAAAACAGCCAUUUUCAAAAGACAUGGAUAAAUUCAAAGGCAACAAUGUAAUGUGUGUGCGUGUGUCUUUCCAAUGGCUGGUAGCACAGUAGUAAAGUUUGUAUGUGAUCACCACAUUUAUUUCCAGUACUGUUACUUCAGGAGAAAAUGCUGCUAGCUUUAUGAGACCAUUUCUAUUUAUAAUCAAUACAUUUUGUCUACUGAUAUCUUUUUUUUAAAUUGUGAACUUUGAAUUACAUAUAGUUAAAAUAAAACUGAUUAUCACAUUUCUUAUACCAUGAUCUAAAUCACGUUUUCUUUAUCAUGUGUAAAAGUGUGACUUACAUCUGUUUAUGUUAAGAACAGUUUUAAAAAAUUUAAUAAAAGACAAAAAUGAGAGCACAA